AUGGAGAAGCGGGGGAAGCGGGUGGACUGCCCGGCGCUGCCUCCCGGGUGGAAGAAGGAGGAGGUCAUCCGGAAAUCGGGGCUCAGCGCCGGCAAGAGCGAUGUCUACUAUUUCAGGUAAAGCCUCUCCAUCGGAAGCGCCAGCCGCCCAGCUCGAGUCAGGGCGUGACCCCAGAGGCGGUUUCGUCAUGGCCGGGUUCAAAACGCGCAGCAGGAGAAGCGCCGCCGCCCUCUGAGCAUGGGCAGAGUGAGGGGCUCCCGGGGAGUUCGCGCUUGGGAGUGGCGCUGAAGAGGGCAGGAGGAGUCGUGGCUUUCUGGCAGCGCCUCCUGAGCAUGUGCAGAGUGAGGGGCUUCCCUCCUCAGGUGUUCUAGAUUCCACACAGGAUAUUAGGAUAGAAAAGGGCGCAACUUUCAGGCGGUUCCUCUGAACGUAGUAGACUCAGUUACUCUCCUGCCUCCCAAGUUUCUAGGGAGCUCCAGGUUCCACGUGUCUUAAGUUUUAGGAGUGAUUCCCACCCUUUGUGGUGGGAAAUUGAAACUUUCUCAGGAAUUGGCAACCUGACGCAUUUAGUUUUUGAAACAAAGUCUGGUCUGCGUAACUUUGAGUGGCUUUGGGAGAUGAACCAAUCUGUGCGUUGGUGGCAUUCUCUUUUCCUCUUUCCUCCCAUUUGCUUCCCUGCGGAUGAGUUUGACCAAACUGCGGGAGGCAGUGGAAGACAGGAGUGCCUGGCAUGCUCUGGUCCAUGGGGUCACGAAGAGUCGGACACGACUAAACAAUAACAACCAUUCCAAUAAAGCUUCUUUCCCUCUCUUAUUUUCUAUCAGUGUCACCGAACCCACAAAAGGGACUGCUGACUGGUGGAGCCAGGCUAGGCUCUAAACCGGCCUUAUGCGGCCUCUGGUGGCCCUACUUUUUAUACUUUGCUACUCUGGUCUCUUGGCCUCCCUUUCUGGGGUUCAGAGCAGCAGUUCAGCCUCCGUGCAGCCCUGUGGAGGUAUGAUAAAACUUCUGCCUGCAGUUUCGCUUGCAAGGGAAAGAGAACCUUUUCUCAAAGUUUCUAGGUAGGAAAAACAAGCCUCGCUUCAACAGUAAUAUCUUUUCUUCCCCCUUUCUCCCCCUUCCGGCUUUGUGCAACACAUGCAUAUCCAUAAUUGCCAGGCGGAAAGCCCGGAUCCUGCAGCCUGGCCAGUUGGAAGGGUUUGGUUUGUUUGGCAAGAUCCAUUUACGUCCUCCAGACUGCUGCCUGGAAAAGUGACCCCCCCCCCCGAAAGCAAAGAAGUCUGCUUUCUCUGCCCUGCCCUGGGUGUGUCUGGACAGCAGGGGCGUAGCCAACUUACUGCUUUUCAGAUGUUACGGACUACAACGCCCACCACUCUUGACCACUGGCUGCACUGGCUGGGCAAGAUGGGAGCUGUAGUUCAAAACAUCUGGAGGGCACCACAUUGCCUACAUCUGUUGUAUGGAGUGGCAUUGUCAGGGCUGGAGUCAGGCAUAGGUCAGCAACGAAAACAACAAAUUGCCCGAGACCAGUGCCUAGUGCUCUCAGCAACUUUUUCUAGGAGGUCUUGUCCCAAUGAAGCAUUUGCGAGGACUGAAGGUCCCAGCCUUCCCAGUGCCCACUAGGACUCCUCCUCUGCAGGGUAUUUCUCGCACUAUCUCAGGCUCCGCCUGUGCACAACCACCCUCUACUCUGUUUCGUUUCUCCGAGAGACCUGGGGGGAGGGAGCUGGCCACAGCAGCAGCGGGAGACUCCCUGGCUUCUUCAGCAGCCUGUCAUCUCUGCUGCUUGCUCCCGCUCUUCUCCAGCCUCUGCUUCUGCCUUGGACUCUGGACUGCUCUCUGCCACAGCCUCUUCCUGCUCACUAAACCCUGUUCCCUCUUCAGCUUCUGAGGCCGCCUCCUCCCAGUCUGAUCCCUCUUCUCCCUCUUGACCAGUGACAGAGGAAGGGGGAUGCGGAGGGUGCAGAUCACCCUGGGUGUCAUCACGGGUGUGGGUGUGGGUGUGAGACAAAAUGACAAAAAUAUGAGGUUUUUUUUUUUAAUGGGCUCACGAAACUUUUUAGUUCAGUCAACAAAUCUAACGAAAUGUGGCUGACACUGGGUGCCACACCGCAGGGGCCAGCACUUACCACGGGGCCUGCAGCGUGCCCGAGCCACGCUUCUCUCCUGGGAGUGGCGUAGUGGCUUGGGUGCCUGCAGGCUCCGCGCUGCCUGAAACGGCAGCAUGGGGCUUGUGUCUGCCCACCGCCUCUCCCUCAGCCGCCCUACAGCUGAGGGGGAGGCGGCAGAGAGGCUUCACACAGCGCCUUCUCACCCAUGCGCGGCUCGCCCAGCCCCUGGCUGCAGGACGCGUGCACCGCACCCGGCACCCGAGUGGCUAGUUACGCCGCUGCUCUUGACCACUCAUUGUCGUCCCACCACCAAUCCCCUGACUCGUCUUCCCCUGGGGAUUCCCCAUCACCCCUCUGCGUCCAUCCAGUCCUUGACAGACAUUUAUGUUCCUUCCUGCUGCAUGCAUGUAUCACCCACCCAGGUGACACUUGCUCUUGCUGCUCCUUUGGAACUGUUUGCCUCAACAGUGUGUGCUCCUUGAAUGGGGUCCCCUCCUUGUGACCCCUGCUUGCCACGAUAUGCACCACUGCCUUGAAGCAGCAAGUACAGCUUUCGCUUGCUCUUGCUUUGAGAAGUCAAGCGAACACACAGCAAGAGUAAGCGAGUGGGUACUGGGGUUCAGCAGGGACCCCUGACCAUCCACUGGACUUUAAUUUCUCUCGAUAUGUUCUGUUUGCCUGAUGUGUUGGUCUAUGGAAUUACACUUUGUGAGAUGUUAUAUGUUGAAUUGUGUUUGAAAUAGAAGUUACCUAGUCAAAAACAGCCUGUUACGUUGUGUGUGUUGUUACCGGGGUUGAGGGCUUUGGCAUGUGUCUCACAAUACUGACCCCUGGCACCGGCCAUGGCCUUAUAUAUCUGUGUUAUGUUACUUGAGCCAUCGUCUGGUGGCAUCUUGCCUUGCAGAGAAGGCUACACAGACCAGUGUUCGAAAUUCCCCAGGUGUCAGGCGCAUUUUGCAACCAAGUGAAGAUGUUUUUUCUUCAGGUUUGGUGCCUGGCAUCUGUACCAUCUGGCUGGCGUGCAGAGAAAUCUCUAGAGAUUUCUUGUUGCUGGUUGUUUUUUUUUUAAUGUUUCAAUGUGUUGUAAGCCGCUUUGAGAUUUUUUCCCCUUUAAAAAUAAAGUGGUAUAGAAAAGAAAGGAAGAAUAAGAACGAUCAAUUUCACUGCAAAAAAAAAAAAAAAGGUGAUUAGACAAUCUGUUGUGCUGACUGUAAAAAAGAAAAAGAAAAAAGGGUAAAGGUAAAGGACCCCUGGACAGUUAAGUCCAGCCAAAGGUGACUAUGGGGUUGUGGCACUCAUCUUGCUUUCAGGCCGAGGGAGCCGGCAUUUGUCCACAGACAGCUUUCCGGGUCAUGUGGCCAGCAUGACUAAACUGCUUCUGGCACAACGGAACACUGUGACGGAAACCAGAGUGCACGGAAACGCCAUUUACCUUCCUGCCACAGUGGAACCUAUUUAUCUACUUGCACUGGUGUGCUUUCAAACUGCUAGGUUAGCUGGGACCGAGCAAUGGGAGCUCGCCCAACCAUGGGGAUUCGAACUGUUGGCCUUCCGAUCGGCAAGCCCAAGAGGCUCAGUGGUUUAGACCACAGCGCCACCCGCGUCCCAAUAUGUGGUGACUGUAACCUAGGUUUAAGGUGCUGUUUGGUGAUCAGCUUAUAUAUCCGAGCUACUUACACUGCUACAGAAACACACCUGCCUGCCCAGUGCAAAAGGAUAACUUAGGAUGUGGCGUUCCAAAAGUAGUGUUACCCACUUAUUCCCUGGUUGUGGAGGGCAAAGGGCUUCGUCCUCAUGUCCAAUUCUGCACCUCAAAACAGCGAGUACCUUGCAUCCUAGAACCUUGCAGCUUUACCCACUCAGUCUGCUGUCCCAGGCAGGGACACAAGGGGCAUUGGUGGCCACCAGCUCGCAUGGUUUUAAAAGCAGGCUAGACCAAAGCUAUCAGUGGCUACUAGCCACAGUGUCCAUGUUCUCCUGACAGCUGCUGGGAGUGACAGAUGGGGACAGGGUUCUUGCACUCAGGUCCUGUUUGCAGGCUUCCCAUGGGCAUCUGACUCACCCUGGUGAGAACAGGGUGCUGGGCCAGAUGUUCCUUUGGCCUGAUCCAGCGGGGCUUUCCUUAAUAAUAAUAAUAAUAAUUUAUUAUUUAUACCCUGCCCAUCUGGCUGGGCCUCCCCGGCCACUCUGGGUGGCUUCCAUAGAAACCAAAAAUACAGUAAAAUAUCACACGUUAAAAACUUCCCUGAACAGGGUUGCCUUAAGAUGUCUUCUGAAUGUCAGGUAGUUGUUUAUCGCUUCGACAUCUGCUGGAAGGGUGUUCCACAGGGCGGGCACCACUACCGAGAAGGCCCUCUGCCUGGUUCCCUGUAGCUUUGCUUCUUGCAAUGAGGGAACCGCCAGAAGGCCCUCGGCGCUGGACCUCAGCAUCCGGGCAGAACGAUGGGGGUGGAGACGCUCCUUCAGGUAUACGGGACCGAGGCCGUUUAGGGCUUUAAAGGUCAGCACCAACACUUUGAAUUGUGCUCGGAAACGUACUGGGAGCCAGUGUAGGACUUUCAAGACCGGUGUUAUAUGGUCUCGGCGGCUGCCCCCAGUCAUCAGUCUAGCUGCCGCAUUCUGGAUUAAUUGUAGUUUCCGAGUCACCUUCAAAGGUAGCCCCACGUAGAGUGCAUUGCAGUAGUCCAAACAGGAGAUAACCAGAGCAUGCACCACUCUGGCGAGACAGUCUGCAGGCAGAUAGGGUCUCAGCCUACGUACCAGAUGGAGCUGGUAAACAGCUGCCCUGGACACAGAUUUGACCUGUGCCUCCAUGGACAGCUGUGAGUCCAAAAUGACUCCCAGGCUGCGCACCUGGUCCUUCAGGGGCAAAGUUACCCCAUUCAGGACCAGGGAAUCCUGCCCGCCUCCUGUCCCCCAAAAACAGUACUUCUGUCUUGUCAGGAUUCAACCUCAAUCUGUUAGCCGCCAUCCAUCCUCCAACCGCCUCCAGACACUCACACAGGACCUUCACUGGUUCUGAUUUAAAAGAGAGGUAGAGCUUAACUCCUUAACUCCUUAGGUUAAGCUGGCACACUCCAGUUUGGAGCAGUGGUGUUGCGUUUGGAGCUGUCCUUUUCAGGCCUGGCGAAAGCAGGCAGCCUGUCUUCUCUCGUUUCCUUCAGAGUCAGAGAGAAUGACACCUGGGCUUCUGUGAUUCCCUUGUUGGCUUCUGUGGGCCAGACAGACUGGGCAGGCGGUUCCCCCAUUUAUACUGCCAGCCAGGAAAAUGCCCCUAGAGACCAUCUCCCUUGGAGCAGCAGGAUUUCGACUUUCCGUGAAUCUUCUUCCCCUUCCUGUAAGUCACCAGGUGACUUUCAUAACCAUUCCUGCCACACCCUUUUCUUACUUCUGCAGCUGCAGCAACUUUUCCUUUCUUUUCUGCUACUGUUACGCCUGUUAUUUCUACUACUACUACUACUACUACUACUACUACUACUUGUUACAGCUGCUGCAUCAUCGGCCUGCAGUAUGUUUUAAAAACUUUUUAUAAUAAUAAUAAUAAUAAUAAUGUCAUACCUCGGGUUGAAUGCGCUUCAGGUUGAGCGUGUUCGAGUUGCGCUCCGCGGCAACCCAGAAGUAAUGGAGCGCGUUACUUCCGGGUUUCGCCGCUUGUGCAUGCGCAGAUGCUCAAAAUGACGUCAUGCGCAUGCGCAGAAGCAGCAGAAAGCGACGCGCGUGUGCACAGACAUGCCGUCACUAGUUACGUUUGCUUCUAGAUGCGAACGGGGCUCCGGAACGGAUCCCGUUCGUAUCUAAAGGUACCACUGUAAUAAUAAUAAGAUUAUUGAGGCUGUGAGUUUUUAAGCACCAUGCUACAAGUUGCACAGAGCUUCACGUAACACUUUUUUGAAGGAAGGUCUUGGGGAUUUGGUGGGGAGGAGAUGCUUUAACCCAGGCAUAGGCAAACUCGGCCCUCCAGAUGUUUUGGGACUACAGUUCCCAUCAUCCCUGCCCACUGGUCCUGUUAGCCAGGGAUCAUGGGAGUGGUAGUCCCAAAACAUCUGGAGGGCCGAGUUUGCCUAUGCCUGCUUUAAUCCUUGCCAGUUGUCCUUUCAUCUCUCUGUUCCCCAGUUUUUCUCCAAAGAGGGAAAAAAUAAGGUGGUAGGUGGGGGCACUUCCUCCCCAUGGGAGGAAAAGCUUAUGAUGGGGGCGCCUAAUGUUUACAGCAGGGGUUGGGUAUUGUUCAUCCGUAAGCCAGGGGCAGCCCAUGGUUGUUUGGAGUCCAGCCUGUGACGUCUCCUUCAGCCCCUAUAUAAAAAAGCUCACAUGCAAAUUGAGUCUUUCCCACACUAACUGCUGCACAGUGGGGAUUUUCUGCAGGAAGGGAAAAGGGGAGACACAACAUUGGGGAGGGAGAAGGGAGAGAAAAUGGGUGACCCACCACCAGCUCCAUCCUGGCCCACUUCUGGCUUUUGCCCUGCCUCUUGGAAGGUCUUGUCUCUCUACAUUUUACACACACACUUCCCCCUGAAGUACCAUGUAACAUCCAGUUUGACCUGAAUGCAGGGAAUGUGUCAGAGUAUUGUAAGCAGAUGGCCAACUAUGGUCUACUCCAGAGGUGGAGAACAGUUUUCUAGUCACAGGCUGCUCCCGCUGGUAGAAGCAUCAAUUAUAUCAUUCCCAUAUUACACCACUUACAUUAUUCCCAUUUUACACCAAGAGAAAAUGACUUACCAGAGGUCACACGAGGAAUCGAUGGCGGAGGCGAAACCUGAACUCAGGCCACCAAAUUCAAGUCCGUUUCUUGCUGUCUCUCUUGUUCCCCAUUGUCCGGCAGGGGUAGGGAACCUCAGGCCUGGGUGGGUAGGCCAGAAAACAUCCCUCCAGAUGUCCCUAUUUGCCCUUUUUGGAGUUUCUGCAGGCCACGCCCCUCACCUUCCUUGCUCCACACCUUCCUUGAGUGUUUUGGGCAGACUGCGAUGCAUCUCUGAACUCUGAUACUGACUUUUGCUUGCUUGCUUGGACGGAGAAGUGUGUAUGUGUGUGUGUGUGUGUGUGUGUGUGAGAGAGAGAGAGAGAGAGAGAGAGCGUGCGCAUGCAUAGAAACUAGCCAAAAAACAUGCAAAGGUAGCAUUUACACCCAGUGCUCUGCCAAGAACUGGCCUUUGCUCCCCAGGAGGGACUGUGGUCUACCACUGCUGUACAGUUAGGGGAAGGGGAAUGCUUUAAUAGGAUUCCCUCCAGCCAAAGUUGCUCUGAAAUUCUUUCCUUUCCUUGGUGUAAGCACUAAGCUUAUUAGCUGUUUUUGUGUGUUAAACUUCCCCCCUCAUGCUUUGGGCUUUUGCAAAUUUUUGGAGUUUAUGGCAUGCACCUUGGACUUCAUCUUAGCACACCAGGGUUUUCUGCUGCUGCUGCUUUGCUUUUUAUUUACUAAUUAAAAUGGUUAGUUGCUUUAUCCUUGACAAAGGCGGCGACUUACAAAAUCGGCCAUACACUCUUGCCUUGCAACCAACCCAGCUCCAACCCCUUCCUUGCAUUGCAGGGGGUUGGAUAUAGACAACCCUUGGGGUCGUUGCCAACUCUACAAUUUGUGAUUCUAUGAUUCUGAUCUUUCCCUGUGGUCUUGUACUCGCUGGUCUCAUUCUCUUCUCUGUGUGCGUGGGGGUGGGGGUGGGAAGUAAAUGUAUCAGGCCACUUUAUUUUAUUUUUAAGAGAUGCUUUCAGGUCUGUCGCUUGUCACUAAGAGGAAGCCGUGAAGGCAGGUGAUAGCCGCAAGCCCAUGCGCCCCUAGGCUGCUUUGCAUGUACAGCAGGCCUAUAUGGCUGAUGUAACGGCAGCUGUCUUUCCUGUGCAUGGCAGGAUAUGACCACUCCAGGUUCAGUACUCGAGUAGUUAAGAGUUUCAGCGUAAAUAGGUUGCAGUAAAUCAGAAAGGACUAUGUGGCAGCAGCUAAUCUGUCCUCCUCGCCUAGACACGGCAGCCAGCUCUGCUAGUGGAUCUGAUCUUGGUGAAAAGCACCCCAGGGGAGGGCCUGCUCUUUAUCAAGGACAAGGCCUUUGGAACCACCACUGACAUCGCCUGUAACUUUUCGAAGUGCAACUUUCCAAACUUGUGCUUGAACUUUGCAUUUCCCUCCUCCUUCCCAUUACUUUUUCCUUGUGUGCUGUGUCUUAGGUUGUAAGUCUGAGGUCAGGAACCAUCUAAAUACCAGGUUUUUUUGGUAAGCCAUUCCAAGAGUCUUGCAAUUUGAAACUGGUAUUGCUAUUAGUAUAAAGGUAAAGGGACCCCUGACCAUUAGGUCCAGUCGUGACCGACUCUGGGGUUCCACGCUCAUCUCACUCUAUAGGCCGAGGGAGCCAGCGUACAGCUUCCGGGUCAUGUGGCCAGCAUGACUAAGCCACUUCUGGCGAACCAGAGCAGCACACGGAAACGCCGUUUACCUUCCCGCCAGAGUGGUACCUAUUUAUCUGCUUGCACUUUGACGUGCUUUCGAACUGCUAGGUUGGCAGGAGCAGGGACCGAGCAACGGGAGCUCACCCUGCCAUGGGGAUUCGAACUGCCAACCUUCUGAUCAGCAAGUCCUAGGCUCUGUGGUUUAACCCACAGCACCACCCGCGUCCCAUUGCUCUUAGUAUAUAAAGCCCUUAACAACUUGGGACCGUUUACCUACGAGAUCUCUUUUCCCCACAAGGGCCCACUUGACUGCCUUGAUCUGUGCAAUUGGCACUACUGCAGGUGACACACAAUACCUGUCAGGGAACUGCCAUCGGAGCUAGAGGCGGAGGGAAGGCUCCAGAGGGAUGCCGGUGAGGGUCCCAGUAGGGAGAGAGGCAGCCCGUCCGCUGGGGAAGGAAAUCAGCGUAACACCAGUAGAGAAGGGGGGCAGAUGGGGGAAUCGGAGAGGAGGCUCCAAGACUCCUCGCCGGAGACCAGCGGAGAGAGUACGGGUCCUCCGCUGCCCACACCCUCCCUGCGCAGAAGGCUUCCGUGCAGGGAGACUAGGCGGAGACUAGGCGUCAAAGAGCUUUUGUGCUGGAAAAAGUUUAAGAAACGCCCACUGACGGAUUCUGCCAGCGACUGAGACAGUCACGAUGCUAGAGGCUGUUCAGUCAGAAAGGGUUCAACCAGGUAACCUAGCCAGGAGUGGUGGCAACUUAUGCACGAGCAACCCCUAAACCCAUUACAAUACCCAUUCGGCUUUAGUGCCUGAACAGCGCCUGAACUUUGGAACUCCCUGCCUGUUGAGAUCAAGCAGGCGCCACCACUGUAUUCUUUUCGGUGCCUGCUAAAAACCAUUCUUGUUCAGACAAGCCUAUCCACGUGCUUAGAAAGUUGAGGUCAUUUUAAUCUGUUUCAGCAUUUUCAUUUGGUACGUCUUAAAGUAGGAUUGUGAGUUCUUCUUGAUUUUACUGUUUUGUCUUUUUGUAAACUGCUUUGAAGUGGGUGGUUGUUUUUUUAAUACAGUCAGGUGGUGUGUAAAGUGUAUGAUAUAAAUAAAUUCUAUAAGUAAACAAACCUAAUUUCAGUCUCUGGACUUAAAUGGUCUGAUGUGUCUGCUCCCCAUCCUUAGGACAGCAAUGUGUCAUUAAUAAUAAUAAUAAUAAUAAUUAUUUAUUAUUUAUACCCCGCCCAUCUGGCUGAGUUUCCCCAGCCACUCUGGGCGGCUCCCAAUCAGUGUUAAAAACAGUACAGCGUUACAUAUUAAAAACUUCCCUGAACAGGGCUGCCUUAAGAUGUCUUCUGAAUGUCAGGUAAUUAUUUAUCUCUUUGACAUCUGAUGGGAGGCCGUUCCACAGGGCGGGCGCCACUACUGAGAAGGCCCUCUGUCUGGUUCCCUGUAGCCUCACUUCUCGCAAUGAGGGAACCGCCAGAAGGCCCUCGGCGCUGGAUCUCAGUGUCCGGGCUGAAUGAUGGGGGUGGAGACGCUCCUUCAGGUAUACAGGACCGAGGCCGUUUAGGGCUUUAAAGGUCAGCACCAACACUUUGAAUCGUGCUCGGAAACGUACUGGGAGCCAAUGCAGAUCUCUCAGAACCGGUGUUAUGUGGUCCCAGCGGCCACUCCCAGUCACCAGUCUAGCUGCCGCAUUCUGGAUUAAUUGCAGUUUCCGGGUCACCUUCAAAGGUAGUCCCACGUAGAGCGCAUUGCAGUAGUCCAAGCGUGAGAUAACUAGAGCAUGCACCACUCUGGCGAGACAGUUAAAUUAUUUCAAAGUGUGGCAAGCAGGCCUGGUGCCCUCUGGCUCAGUCUGGUGAGCGAGAUCCUAGAUUUCUGCCCUAAAGUACUGCCCAGAUGGCACCACUGUCUGGGAAUGCAAACUUGUUAGGGCAAAAUGCUCUGCCCCCUUCUUCUGAGUCAACCGCACUUCCAUCCUGUUGGUGAGCUGUCCUUACUCAUUCAUUUUGUUGGUGUUUGAGAAUCAGGCUGCACUUAUUUAUUUGUUUGUUUGUUUGUUUGUUUGCUGGAGGUAAUAGUCCAUGCUCUUUUGAGGAUAGGCGUAAAGGAUACACAUGACUUAGGCAGCGUUAGAACCUCAGAUAUAAAAGCUAGGUGCAAAAUGGCUCCUUAAACUAUUUUGCCAAAAUGUAAUGUCUAGUUGCUGUUUUGGGGCAAGACAGUUCUAAAGUCUAAUUUUUCAAAAGAUGGACUGGCUGUGUUUGAUUCUCGCUUAAACAUCUGGUUAGUUCAGAUGACAACCUUGAACUAGGCUAGGCACUUUGAGAACUUAGAGAAGAAAAGUCCCUUGAUCCAGGGACAUUUCCCAUAUAUAUUGGCCUAUUCCUACCUCUUUUAAAGGGUGACAUGGAUCAUUCAUAAUGCAGGAAUAUUCUUCGCAACUGUGAGCAGGGCAGUGGGGUGGGCUAAGUGAAGAAAAGCGGCAACAAUUAACUAUAGCGCCAUUCACUGCUCUUGCUCAGGCUGCAGAAAAAAACUUGCAUUUUGGUUGCUAAAAUUCAUUCUGAUUGUUCAGAUAAAAUACAACGGAAUGAUUCUGCAGGAUGUGGUAUUAAUGUGUGAAAACAGUCAAGAUUCAAGGAUCCCCAGAUGGAUCUUGGCGCCCGGGCAUGUUCCACUUGGUUGCAAGUGGCCAGUAGCCAGGUGCAAAAUGUGUCUGGCUAAUUUCUAACACUGCACUCAGGAGUGAACGUAGAUGUUAGGCAGACCUCUCUCUGUGCCCUUGCCCUUAUGUGACCCACAGACUGACAAACAGCACUUGCAGGAGAGUGGUGGAAAAAAGCAUCUGGCAAGAGCUGCUCCUGCAUUGCUUUCUGCUGCUUGUGUGCAAACGCAGUUGGGGUUCUCAUCAAGUUCAAAGCGGGGUAUGAUAAGAUCCAGAUUAGCAGCACUAGAAGCAGUCUCCAUAUCAGGGGCUUCUGUACCCAAAAUUGGUUAAUUAUUUCUGGUUGCUACCCACUAGGAUAGGGAUGCGGGUGGCGCUGUGGUCUAAACCACUGAGCCUUGGACUUGCCAAUUGGCAGGUCGGCGGUUUGAAUCCCCGUGACGGGGUGAGCUCCUGUUGCUUGGUCCCGGCUCCUGCCAACCUAGCAGUUUGAAAGCACGUCAAAGUGCAAGAAGAUAAAUAGGUACCACUCUGGUGGGAAGGUAAACGGCGUUUCCGUGCGCUGCUCUGGUUUUGCCAGAAGCGGCUUAGUCAUGCUGGCCACAUGACCCGGAAAAACUGUCUGCGGACAAACGUCAGCUCCCUCGGUCAGUAAAGAGAGAUGAGCGCUGCAACCCCAGAGUCGUUCGCGACUGGACUUAAUUGUCAGGGGUCCUUUACCUUUACCCACUAGGAUAUAUGCAGAUGGCUUCAGAGGAGGAUCCAGUGACAGGGAAAGCAAGGAAAUAUGUAAAGAACUUGGGAUAUUUACCUUGGAGGGAAAAAAUGCUGAGAGGGGGUGAUCAUGAUAACACACUUGAAAUACCUGACGGACUGCCUCAUCCCUCAGAGGAAGGAGCAAAGACUUGUCUCCUCCGCUGCUCCAGAGGGCAGGAUUAACCCUCAGGGGCUGAAGUCACAUGAGGGUAGGUUAUGACUGUACCUUCUGCAAAACGUCUUAAUAGUAAGAGCAGUUUGGCGAUGGAAUUGGUUGCCUAAGAGUACAGUGGUACCUCGGGUUAAGAACCUAAUUCGUUCUGGAGGUCCGUUCUUAACCUGAAACUGUUCUUAACCUGAAGCACCAGUUUAGCUAAUGGGCCUCCCGCUGCUGCCGCACCACCGCCGUGUGAUUUCUGUUCUCAUCCUGAAGCAAAGUUCUUAACCCGAGGUAAUAUUUCUGGGUUAGUGGAGUCUGUAACCUGAAGCGUAUGUAACCUGAAGCGUAUGUAACCUGAGGUACCACUGUAGUGGGCUCUUCCCUCACUGGAGGUCUUCAAGGAGAGCAGGGGCAGCCAUCUGUUUCUGAUUUUCUGUCUCAGGGGUAGGUGACCUCAGUUUCAGGGGCAAAAUGUGGGCCUCUAUCCCUCUCCACCUGGCCCUUGGGACACUAGACCACACCCGUUUCCCAGCUAAUCUCUUCACCAGCCUGCUUUUGCAUGUACUCACACAGUGAUAAAGCCUCUUGCUUUGUCUGAUGAGGGAUGGUGUGUGUGGAUUUAUACCGUGGCGUACAAAAGUAGAAGUUGCAUCUAUUGCUCCAGUGGCGUAGCGUAGGGUUGGGGGCCUCAGUGCAGCUGUGCACUUCCAUCACUGAGCUUCUCCAUGCUAGCCAGGAAGUGAACUCUCCAGACAACAGCCUCUCCAACCUCUUCUUGUUUUAAAUCUCUGUGUCUGGGAUCUCCUGGGUGACUCGCACACCAUAAAUCAGUUGAAUGCGAAUGCGUACUCCAUCCCUUUCGCUCCCUCCCUCUCUCCCACUUCCGUACAGCCCCAGGCACUGGCAACCCAUGCUAUGCCACUGCAUUGCUCCACCCACUUUAUGCCUCUGCUCCCCCCAUCAUUACAUGCCCCCCCCCGAAAUUUCCUUGUGAGAGAAUGCAGCCCUCUGUACUGAAAAAGAUUCCCCAUUCCUGCUUCAGCUUUUUUGGAAGUGCAGCCCCAGUCUCCUCCGUUGCACGAUUGUAACCACAUGAUUGUACUCACAUGAGGGAGAAAUUUGUCCUGGGAAGACGGUAGCUUGUUCCUGGACCCCGAGUGCUUCCCCUCUUAGAAAUCAGUAGUAACUGCUCAGAUUUUCCCCCAGUAUCCCAGGGCUUUUGUACUUCUUGGUUAGAACAACUUGGACGGCAGAGUGAGGUUCACUUUUCUUGCACAGUCGGUCAGUAAGUUUUUCCUUCUGCAUAAGUAAAAAGACUAGACAAAAUUUCAGGCUUGGGCUUGAAAUUUCCCUGUGGGCGCCAGACACCUCCUCUUCAAUUUCACUUCUUCCCUGGAUCACAUUGUCUGUUGUGGCUGUCAUGAGGCCUCAUGAAGCACCACUUUCUUCUUCUUCUGUACAUUGAAAAACACACAGUUGCCAAAAGUGUGCAUUGCCCAUGCAUUGGGAAGGUGACUGGGACUGGCCACAUGUUGAGUGAGAAACCCAGCUGAUUCUGUGCAAAGUGUGAAAUGGCCCUUUAUUCCUUAGGUACCGUCUGUCCAAAAUGACAGGCAAUCGACAGAGUCAGACACAUGCUCUUUACCCCGCGGAAGCCGAACUUGGGUGGGGAAGGGAGGAGAUAAUGCUGCUUGUAUUGUAGAAAUGGGUCAUGACGCCAGACGUUCUUACAAAUUCCGUGUUUGGGGGGGAGAGAGGAGAGAAUGGAAAGUGGUUUUACAACCUUAAUGGAAGCUCAGCAUUAAAUAACUGCGCUGCGAACUCCCCCUCCCAUCUCCCUGUGAUGAAAACACGCCCAGGGGUGCUGUCCAGAUCGCUUUUAUAUGGGUGAUGUAGCCAAAUUUCAGGACUGUGGCCUCCAUCUUCUGUAAAAGUGGGGGAAAGGAGGAGACAGAAACCGCUUUGUAAUAUUAGAGGAUGCUAUCAGUUCAGUUUCGCUUUAUUGCCCAAAUUCCUAGGGCUCGUAAUGAGCUGUAGCCAAAAGGCCAUGCUAUCACUUUUGUUUACUGUGUGCUGUUCGAGUGCAUUUAACAAGCAAAGGCAUUUAGCUUCCUCUCUCUCCCUGCUUCGCUCCCCCCUCUCUUGGGAGAAGGAAUGUUUCAUCCCGCUUGCUCUUUCACAACUGUCAGAUUGUUUGAAAAGGCGCCUGUGCUGUGGCUGCCGAACAAGAGGGAGCUGACAAAUGUCUGUCCAAAUGAAGGAGUAAAAAAAGAAGAAGAAGAAAAGGAGCAGGUCUUUUGUCUCUGAACUAUGUCUCACCAUCAAAGCUUGCUCUUCUCUCUCUGCACCCCCCCCCCCCGCCGUUUCCGGGUUACUGCCUUUGUUUGACCCGGGGUGCCACCAGCCACAUGCAAAUGUGCUGGCCGGUGAUUGGCCAGCGUUGGGCACCUGCUCUCAUCUUUGCCCGUGGUGUGUGGCAGGCUGGCGAGAAAGGCUGCUUCGAAAUGGGAGACCGGAGUGAUGUCCUAAGCUUGCAGGGAUGCUAACAUGCAGCGGUUGGCAUGCUUUUAUAUUCCUGGCGCUCUGUUUAAUGGGGAAGUUGGAGGGGCUGCAGGCCUCUUUGAGUGCUGUGAAACACCGUAUUUUUUGCUCCAUAAGACGCACCAGACCACAAGACGCACCUAGUUUUUGGAGGAGGAAAACAAGAAAAAAAAUAUUCUGAAUCUCAGAAGCCAGAACAGCAAGAGGGAUUGCUGUGCAGUGAAAGCAGCAAUCCCUCUUGCUGUUCUGGCUUCUGGGAUAGCUGCACAGCCUGCAUCCGCACCAUAAGACGCACACACAUUUCCCCUUACUUUUUAGGAGGGAAAAAGUGAGUUUUAUAGAGCAAAAAAUAUGGUACUUAUUCCCAAAUUGCAGCAAAGGAUAUUGCACUCCUAAGCCUCGCUUCAUUUCCCACCACUUUUUGCUUUAUUUUCCCUCUUCUUUUUCUGUGUUGAAAAGCCUCGAGCCAUACAAGAGUUCCAGAAAGCUCGUUUUUUGGUCUUCAACAAAUGCCUCGCUUUAGGGUGGACCUGGGCAUUAGGAAGGACGCAGGAUCUCUGCCACAACCAGUGGUUCCGGUGCUCAGUGGUUUCCAUAAAGUCCAGUUCAACUUGCACCAUGUCCUAAUGUCACUGAGGCUUUUUAGACCUCACCCCCCAACAUUUCCAGUGCACAUAUGAUGUGCAAGUAUUAUUAUCAUUAAUUAAAUUCAGUGCUUUUUUCCUCUAAGGGACGCAGGGGUAUGCAUACCCCUAAAUAUUUUGUGACUUUUUGUACUUUUGUCCAUUUACUGUAUUUUCCCCCAUUUGAACUAUAAAAUGGUGAUUUUCUUGUGUCAAAAUAAAAUUACCCCUAAACAUUUUAUUAGGAAAAAAAGCACUGAUUAAAUUUGCAUACCUCCCUACACCUGCAGGUCUCAGGGUGGUUUGCAACAUAAAAUCACAAAAUACACAAUAAAAAACAAAAACAGGAACAACCCAAUAAUCCCUCCAUUUUUAAACACAUUUUAAAAGGGCAUCAGUGAGGUUACUUUGUGGAAUGUGCUGGCGCACAUUUUGUUUCACAUGAAGAAGCUGCAGUGGGUGCUGAUAAACUAAAGCAGGGGUGUUCAACAGGUCGAUCGUGGGGUGUCGCUGGUUGAUCAUGGUCAAUUGCGGGGCCAAAAAAACUCAACACCUUUGGCUCAUCCUCCCCCCAGAAAAGCUCAACAACUCUGGCCACUCCAAUGGUUAGAUCACUGCCAGUUUUUUUUAUAGUGGGAGUAGAUUGCAGUCUCUUGGAAGUUGGAUGUGCCUGAGCUAAAGGACCAAGUUAACCUGGCGCUGUGGGUUAAACCACAGAGCCUAGGACUUGCCGAUCAGAAGGUCGGCGGUUCAAAUCCCCUUGAUGGGGUGAGCUCCUGUUGCUCAGUCCCAGCUCCUGCCAACCUAGCAGUUCGAAAGCACAUCAAAGUGCAAGUAGAUAAAUAGGUACCGCUCUGGCAGGAAGGUAAAUGGCGUUUCCGUGCACUGCUCUGGUUCUUAAUGUCAGGGGUCCCUUUACCUUUAACCUGGAAAAUCCUUUAACAACUUGGGACCAGAAUAUCAGCAUCCAUGGGGUGGGCCUCAGGCCCACUGCCGCCACCAAAGCAACCCAGGUAAGGGAGCGGCACAGUGUCCCACUGUUCCUCGGAGCAGAGGAAAACCAGUGGCAAAUCUCUCUGGAACGCCUGUGAGUUGGCAAAGCUGCGUCACCAGGCGGAAAGCACUGCCGCCUCACCUGGUGAAGUGUCGAGGCUUUUCCUUGAGAGGAGGCCCUUUCUGAGCCUCAGGCCCCCAGCUCCAUUGUAGAGGAAACAGGGGAAGUUUUGCCUCAGGUGGCAAAAUGUCUUGCACCGCCCCUGGUUGCCUUGAGCGAGUCAAGGUCUGUCAGCUUCAUUUACGGGGUUGUUGGGUGAAAACACUGCCUUGAGCCCUUUGGAAGAAAGGAACAAGUGUGUGUGUGUUUGUGUGUAAUUUUAUUUAUUUAUUUUCCAUUUAAUAAUAUACAUUCACAUCAUUAUUAUCCACUUUACCUCCUUGGCUCUUUAGAGCCUAUCAACUUCCUUCCCUUCCGCCUCAUGGCUUUCAAAAUUAGCUUUGUAUCAUUACAUUUUGUGCAUUUUCCAAUUCUAAUUACACUCCUUACAAAAUAGCUCAAAAUUUAAAUAAAUAUAGAAAGGUAGAAAAUUUCCCAUUACAAGUCUUCAGACAACUCUGCUAAUGAUGUUAAUUGUUUACAAUAAUCUUCCAGAUAUCGUACAAAUUUACUCCAAUCCUUUUGGAAUACUUGAUCAUGCAGGUUUCGGGUUUUUCCUGUCAGCUUUGCCAGUUCUGCAAAGUCCACCAUCUUCAUCUGCCACUCUUCUUUCGAUGGUACUUCUUGUUGUUUCCAUUUUUGGGCUAAGAGAAUUCUUGCCGCAGUUGUUGCACACAUAAACAGUCUUUUAUCUUCCCUUGGUAUCUCUUCACCCGCUAUACCCAGUAAAAAGGCUUCUGUUUUCUUAACAAAAGUAUUUUGAAACAUUUUCUUUAACUCAUUAAAUACCAUUUCCCAGAAAGCCUUUACCUCUUCACAAGUCCACCACAUGUGAUAGAAGAUACCUUCCCAGAAAGGAACAAGAUUUAAUUGGGCAGAUAAAUAUAUAUAUCCUGCUCUUCCCCUCUGCCUUUGAGGAGCACAGUUGCAUUGUAGUUUCACCCCCUUUGUGCCCCUGCAAUGGUCUCCCAUCCCCAAGCUGAUCAGGCCCAGUCUGUUUAGCUUUCUAGUCAACAAAAUGUGUGCGCCAUUUGAUUGUAAUAAAACCUCCAAGCAGUUUACAAAAAAAGCUAAAACUGAAAAAGGAGCAUAAAAGAGCCUUCCAGAUCAGGCCAAGAGCCCAUCUGGACCAUCGUCCCGUUCACACAGUCGUGAACCUGCUACCUUGGUGGAAACCUUCAAUCACAAGAGCUUUGUCUUCUAUUUCCUUGCUUAUGUGCAAAUUAUUUGGAACAGAGCUUCCAGCUUGCUGACCUUUAUUAUUUUUUUCUCAGCCUUGCACAAUAGACCACAGUUAUGCCCAUUUCACAGAUAGGAAGCUGAGGCUGAGAGGCUGUGACUUGCCCGAGACUGCAGAAAAGAUUGCAAGGCGGAUGUAAGUGUGUAGCAUUCAGGGCCACACAAACUCAAAAGAAAACAAUGCAAGUUUUGGUCCUGGUGCUGAUCCAGCUCUCCCUAGUCUCCUGACUAUGCUUACGAUAUUGUCUUCCCUGAGUCGCGGAGAUGAGGAGAAGGCAAGUGAAAUGGAGGAAGAGGUUUUCAAAACUCUUCAGUUAUGAAGGAAAUCUUACGCAAGUCCAAUAGAUACAAGGCAAGUUCACAGUAUUAUUAGUGUGUUGCAAUCUGAACUCAAACACAUUUUGUAAUUAUUUCUUUUAGGCUUGCAGUACAUACUUUCCCCAUUAAUAUCACAUAUGAGUUCGCCGUGUGGAUGUGUGUAUUAGGCUGUGUACCUAAUACAUCCCUAAGGCCAUGUAGCACAGGAGAAAUGGAUUUUCCCAGCCCUCAGAUAUGAAACACUGAUUAAGUUUACAAUCCCCAAAAGUUGGCUUAUCGAAGCCAAUGAUCUUGACGGUUAUUAAAAUGUGCAAUACUGCUAUACGAAAACGAUCUGGGUAGAUCUUAGUGCUAUAAAUAUGUGGUGUUCAUAGUGCUGAGAGCUUUACUCAUUUGACUAAUCAGUGAAAGCACUAGCCAAUUUUUAGUGUGUAAAAGGUUUCCCUUCAUAUCUAUUUUUGUUUGAUGUGUGUUGCAAGAAUAUAAAGUGUGUUGCAAGACACAUGUAUAUGGUAUAUGGCCUGUCACUGCCUUCCAGUUCUUCAUCAUUAAUUAAUUCCACGAAAAGAAAUUUUCGUAAAACUUCUUUAGGGAGCAACAUAUAAAUGGCAACUCGCUGGUAGUUAGAAUGACACAGGCAGAGUUGGGAGUUGUGUGUGAACCAUGAAGUGGGAAGCUGCAGGCUGCAGGCUGGGAGAGACAGAGCCAUGCCUGAUUCCUACUUGAAAUUAAGGCUACAGCUAUGAGAGAAGCACGACCCUCUUGGGGUGUUAAAGCUGUGAGCCCCUCCAUUGUAGGUUUGGGUUGCAUAUAUGUGUAAGUUAAACUCAUAUCCUAAGGACACUGCAGUCUCCGCUGCCCCUCAUUUCGAGGAAAACGAACCCUGGGUAAGAGCCUGGAAGAGUUUGGGGUGGCAUGCAACAAUACAGUGGUACCUCGGGUUAAGUACUUAAUUCGUUCCGGAGGUCCGUACUUAACAUGAAACUGUUCUUAACCUGAAGCACCACUUUAGCUAAUGGGGCCUCCUGCUGCCGCUGCGCCACCACAGCAUGAUUUCUGUUCUCAUCCUGAAACAAAGUUCUUAACCUGAAGCGCUAUUUCUGGGUUAGCGGAGUCUGUAACCUGAAGCGUCUGUAACCUGAAGCGACUGUAACCCGAGGUACCAAUGUACUCUUUUGCAAUUUUAUCUUGUGAAGCAUGGGUAUAGGGCGGUAUAUAAUUGUAAUAAAUAAUAAUACCAUAAUAACAACUCGGGUCCCACCUACACAAGCUGCAAUAUGUAGUUAAUAUCAUCAGCCUACCUGAGAGGGCUACUGUGAGAAUAACUGGAGAUAUAAGAAAAUCACUUUGAGCGCUCAAGAAUUGCAGUACAAAUAUCAGGAAGGGGGAAAUCUCAGGACCAGAGGGCCAGAUGUGGCCCUUGGGUCUCUUCCUAGGCCACGCCUUCUCUGUAAGCCACACCCCUCUUCCCAGACCACACCCCUUUCUACUCCCACUUUUGUCCUUGAGUGCUUCUGCCUGACUGAAGAAUGGAGGGUUGUGUGUAUGCAGACACACCUGAACUACGUGACUUUAAGGCUCAGCCCAUUCACGCGACUGCGGUCUGUUUUUCCCUAUUUUUGAUACAGUGGUACCUCGGGUUACAUAUGCUUCAGGUUACAGACUCCGCUAACCCAGAAAUAGUACCUCGGGUUAAGAACUUUGCUUCAGGAUGAGAACAGAAAUCAUGCUCCGGUGGCGCGGCAGCAAUGGGAGGCCCCAUUAGCUAAAGUGGUGCUUCAGGUUAAGUAAAGUUUCAGGUUAAGAAAGGACCUCUGGAACGAAUUAAGUACUUAACCUGAGGUACCACUGCACUGAAUUUUAAAUUUUUCGGACUUGCCCUGGAACUUGCUGCUAAAUGGUGGGUCAUCAUAAUAAAAAUUAUAGACUGAACUUGAAACAACAACAAUACCAUUUUGCUUGGGAGUAAGAAGGUCAGCGGUUUGAAUCCCCGUGGCAGGGUGAGCUCCCGUUGCUCGGUCCCUACUCCUGCCCACCUAGCAGUUAGAAAGCAUGUCAAAAUGCAAGUAGAUAAAUAGGUACCGUUCCGGCGGGAAGGUAAACAGCAUUUCCGUGUGCUGCUUUGGUUUUGCCAGAAGCAGCUUAUUUUUGCUGGCCACAUGACCCAGAAAAAUUGUCUGCAGACAAACACUGACUCCCUCGGCCAGUAAAGUGAGAUGAGCGCUGCAACCCCAGAGUCGUCCGCGACUGGACAUAACAGUCAGGGGUCCCUUUACCUUUACCUUUGAGUAAACAUGACAGCAUUGCACUGUAAUACUGCCACCCUGUAUGCACUUACUGAGGAGUAAAUUGAUGACGCUUGGUGGAUCUUACUUCAAACUGAACCUGCAAAGGUUUGCGCUUUGAGAUCACCGCUUCAAAUGAGCUUUCUAGGGAUUAAGGGCUGUUUUACUUCUGAGUAAAUGUGUUUAGGAGCCCCACAGCAAGCUGAUUUGAGAAACUGCCGCUGAGCAGAUUCUUAGUGUUCUUCAGUAAGGCUGAACAUUUCCCACAUGAGGAAGCUAAUUUGUAGAGCCUCCUAAUAUGUAGAGAGAACUUUUGAUGUUGGAAUUCCACAUGGGGGAAAACAGGCUAUGAGCUGGUUCAGUCCCAGGCCCUGAGCAAUGAUGUCAGUCUUCUCCCAAACACACACACACACACACACACACACACACACAACACAUCCCAAAACCAAAAAAACCCUUAAAUGAAAUGCAAACUAGACAGCUUGGGGCUUGUUGUUUGAUGUGUUCUUCUGUAGACUCCAGCAUCCCAAAGCUAAGGUCUUGAUCUUGCAAAUAAUCUCUGUAUAUAUUUAAAUGCCAGUUGUGGGAUGGCGCCUAGAGAAAUAUUGUGUGUAUGUAGAACACAACUGUUUAACUAGAUACAAACUGGCAUAGAAUGUAUAGGAAUUCACAUUAUUGCUCUUUUCCUUUUUCAUACUUGGGAGCCAUAGUUAGAAGCCACCUUUAAAUGUUUUUCUUCUAUGAAUUAUAUAUAGAUUUUCUUUUUUAAAAAACCAAAGUCCUAAGCAGACUUUGGCAAAAUACAUAGAGCAGAGGAAAAGUUAAAAAGAACAAAGUUGCCAUUUAUUCUAAAAAAGGGGGGUUAAGAGAAGUGGGUAUAGAAUGAAUAUGGUAGUUUGCAUUUCAGGCUGAUCUCAAAAGCCUAAAAUUAGUGUUGUGCUGAAAUCUCUCCUCUAGUUUCUCAAACUGUCUUCUCCCCCCAGCUAGCCCUGUGAAAGAGGCUUCUAUUUUCCAACCACAUUCUCAAGGCUUGUGUGGUUUUCUUUAGAACUUUGUUGGAUAUGGAGUCCUUAUUGUUGAGAGGUGGACAAAGGCAUGGGGUAUGGGUUUUUAUUUCCUGCACUGAAAAUUCCUCAUGGCACAAGACCUCAGGGCGGCUGUGCACACACACUCCUGUUUACUCGGUGAACAGAGUUCUCCCACUGCUGGUUUGGGAAGCAGUGUGCGCACGCAGCUUUGGCCACAAUCUACAUAUCCUGUCGUUUCUCAUGAAAUGCCAUGUUUCAAUGCAUUGUAUCCCAAACAGGGGCACGGGUGGCACUGUGGUCUGAUCAGAAGGUCAGCGGUUCAAAUCUGCACAAUGAGCUCCUGUUGCUCUGUCCCAGCUCCUGCCAACCUAGCAGUUCGAAAGCACACCAGUGCAAGUAGAUAAAUAGCUACCACUGUGGCAGGAAGGUAAAUGGUGUUUCCUUGCACUCUGGUUUCUGUCACAGUGUUCCAUUGCACCAGAAGCAGUUUAGUCCUGCUGGCCACAUGACCCGGAAAGCUGUCUGCGGACAAAUGCCGGCUCCCUCGGCCUGAAAGCGAGAUGAGUGCUGCAACCCCACAGUCGCCUUUGGGCUUAACCGUCCAGGGGUCCUUUACCUUUACCUUUUAUCCCAAACCAGCUUUGCUCCGAAUUGAGCAAAAGAACAACCUCACAGCGUAUUAAGCUGGUAAUGUGUACGCAGCCAAUGUCUUUGACUGAGCUUUAAUUGAAAUUGAGGAAACGUGCUUAACAUGUGCCUGAAAUCUGUGUUUUGCUCCAAGAGGGACAAUAACCAGCACUUCCAAAUUUCACAGAAGUGGAUUUUGCUGAAACAUUGCAAGGGGGUGGAUUGAAUGACCGUUGGGGUCCCUUCUGUGUUUCUAUAUAUGCUUGCUUAUUUCGUUCUUAGGGGAAGCUCUUCCCUUUAAUCUUUCUGCUACCUUAAACCCGCACCUUUACUAUAACUGUAAAUUUUGCUAAUGUGUGUUACAGUUCUAAGGUGCCAUUGGUCUGUAGCGAUUAACACUCCCAAUUGCUUGUUACUGAAUGUGAUUGCUCUGGGCUUUUAAUUGUAUGUGAUUUAAAAAAUAAUAAACUUUGCAUAGUGCUAUUAAGAGUUCAAAGCACUUCUCAUGCAUUAUCCAGUUGUAACCUUUACAGAAGUGCUGUAUUAAGGUCACCUAGUUCAUGGCAGAAGGUGAAAUAUGGUGUUUGACAGUUGGUCAGCGUAGAUGGAUUAUUUGCACCCUCACUUCUGCCAAAAGACUGAUAUUGAUUCACUGUAACGAUAAUACUAUGCCCCCCUUUGAUCAAUGGAUGGAAGAUAAGAUGACUCUUGCAACAUAUGAACAGAUUGCUUUUAGACAAAGACUGUAUAUGGAAAAAUAUAAUGAUACUUGGAAUGCGUUUACAAAUAUUAUAAUGCCUUGCUAAUAAUUGUAUACUCAUUGGAAUAAUAACAUUAGAUACAUACAUACAUGUAUACAUAUACAUACACCAAUAUAUCUAUAUAUGGAUGCGGGUGGCGCUGUGGGUAAAACCUCAGCGCCUAGGACUUGCUGAUCGCAUGGUCAGUGGUUCGAAUCCCUGCGGCGGGGUGCACUCCCAUCGUUCGGUCCCAGCGCCUGCCAACCUAGCAAUUCGAAAGCACCUCCGGGUGCAAGUAGAUAAAUAGGGACCGCUUACCAGCGGGAAGGUAAACGUCGUUCCGUGUGCUGCGCUGGCUCGCCAGAUGCAGCUUGUCACAUCUCCCAUCAAUCACCCAUCUCUUACUACCCUCCUGAGAAAAACCCCACCCUCCCACUAUAUAUAAAGGUCUGGUGACUUCUGUUUCAGUGUAUCUGAAGAAGUGUGCAUGCACAUGAAAGCUUAUACCCAGAACAAACUUUGUUGGUCUCUAAGAUGCUACUGGACAAUUUUCUUAUAUAUUUCGACUGCGUCAGACCAACACGGCUGCCUACCUGAAUCUAUUAUUUAUAUAUAUCAUAUAUAGUACUGGGUUACAGUUUCAAGCACCUUUUUGGUUUUUCCCCUUAAUUUUUUCACUUUGUGUCCCCUGAAAAGUUUCAAUAUACAGUACUAUAAAUAUAUUUUUUUAUAAAAAAGGCAUUGUAACUCUGUGAGGGGUAGACAUCAGUGCCCAGAAUUCUCCCCGCCCCACCGUUGUUGUUUUUUUUUGGGGGGGGUACACUUUGAAGGCAGUUUUAGAAACUCAUAUAUAAGCUCCUCAAAGCAAGGUUGCAGUCGCCAAAACUGAAUGUCUAGUUGCCAUUUUAGGGAAGUCUUAUUUUUCAAAUGAUGGACUGAUAGUAAUUGAGUCUCAGUUCAGCAUCUGGCUGGUUCAGCUAGGUUAAGACCUUUGAGAAGAAGAAAAGUCCCUUGAUCCAGGGACAUUCCACAUGGUCUAUUCCGACCUCUUUUUCUUAAUGGUGAAAUGGACCAUUCUUUGCAACUGUGAGCAGGGCAGUAUGGGGUAAGUGGAGACGAGCUUCAACAAUAAGCUAUACCGUUGUUCACUGCUCCUGCUCAAGCUGCACAGAAAAGGCAUUUUGAUUCCUGGAAUUCAAUCUGAUUGUGCGGAUAAAAUAUAACUGAUAGAAUUCUAUAGGAUGGGGUAUUAGUGCAUGAAAACAUAAUGAUCCAGCGAUCCGCAGGGAUGCGCCUCCAGAUGGUGGAGACAUCAUGCGCCCAGGUAUCUUCAUGUGGCCGCAAGUGCAAAAUGCUCCUGGCACCUGGCUAGUUUUGAACACUGUUUGAAGGCAUUGUAAAGGUAAAGUGUGCACUCAAACCCGGUCUCUUAGCUCCUACACUGCGCCAAACCACACUGCAGCAGCCCACUUUUUCUCUCUCUAGGGUGCCCAGAUGCAAGACAAUUCAGUGGUUGAACAAAAAACGGGAAUUUUUGACAGAGGUAAAAGCAGCUGCUUGCUUGAGCUUCCUUUUUUUCCUGCAAGACUGUUAAAAGCAGGAAUGUGGAACCAUUUUCAGGCCGAGGGCCGCAUUUCCUUCUGGGCCAGCUUCUGAGGGCCAGAAGCGGGCAGAGCAGUGAAUGCACCAGCAAAAGACCAGGGACUUUUAACAGUUGCACCAUUGCUAGCCUCAAAACACUCAGCCGGCACGAGCGCCGUUGUUGCUAGUUGAAUGUGAUGAGUGCUUUUCAUGAUCUUUGCAGUGAAAGGUAAUCUGAGCUUGUUGCACGGCAGCGGGUGUGUGUUUUGACUCUUAGGUAAUGGGGUUUGGCAGUGGGGAAGCAAGCCUUCAAGUGCUGUUGUACUCGACAAAGUUUCCCUUUCAAGCUUGGUUCCCUCUGACUGAGCAAAUCCUUCACUUUUAAGUAUUGGGUUGUGCAUUCCAAGCUGCAAAGGCGGCGUCUGGAAAACCUGUUGUCAGUGGCGUUGCAGCCAGGGAAAUGAAUCUGGGAGCUGGUGCCUACCUGUCCCUUGUCAACAGGCUUGUUUGCCUUCUGACGCAGUUGUGCUGUGCAAACCCGCUGAAAGAGAUGAGAUUGCAGAGGUGUUGUUUAAGGCGACAGGGUGUGCUGUGGUGGCUUCCUGGUUGUUUGAAAAGCAGCAACUCUUCCAUAAAGGCCCGGAGGUUCUUUAGAGGGCCUUUUUGCGAACCUGGCACCUUCCAGAUGUUUUGGACUACAACUCCUGUUAUGUACUGAGUUGAAUAGGAUCCAAAAUGCAGCAGUCUGAUUGGUCCACAGGAGCCACCCAAUCCAGCUCCAGGUGGAAGUGAAUCCGCAACCUGAUUGGCCUACAGGAGAAUCCCAGAAUUAGCCAAUCACGUGGGGCCCAUUGUGUAAACAAUGUAUAUAAAGCAGACAUUCUGGGGGAACUUCCAUUCCUCCUCACCACUAUGAGCUGAAUAAAGAGCAUGAAAUCCACUCUCAACUCUGAGUAUAUUUCAACUCCCAUGAGCCCCAGUGAAAAAUGAUUGCUGCUGCUGCUGCUGAUGAUACAAGGAUAGGCAGUGCUUUUUUCAGCCGGACCGUGCCGGAGCGCAGUUCUGGCGCUUCUUUGAUGGGUACCAUUUUGGACGAGACUAUGAUGGAAAGAGUGAUGUUAUCUAUGAAGGAGAUGAUAUAUGGAAACCAUCUCGAUUUGCCACUUCUUGAAACAGUGUAUUUUGUCCAAAAUUUGCAGUGAUUGAAACAGAAAUAGCAUUGGACCGGCGCUCCUCCUGCUCGCUUCCUGCCUUUACGAACUUCUGAGAAGCCCAAAACAAAUAUUUCAAGUCGAAACAGAAGCUGGCCGGCAUGUGCGAGUCUACACUUUUCAAAGAUCUGUGACUCCACCAGGCUUCUAGCUGCUCCCAGCCUACAGAGCAGGGCCAAUUCAUAUUUCUUUUUCUUCAAUCCUUUUGUGUAGCAGCUGUGGCCUUGAAGCUUUCUAGCCAAGCCUCUACCAUUGCACGAAGGCCGUUCUGAGCUGCCCUAGCCACCCACUUGAAUCUAAGAGAACGAGGGCUGCAGGGUGUGUGUGUGUGUGUGAUUUUAGCAUAGUUGAAUGACGCCCUAUUUGUGGCAGAUGGAAGGUUAUCUAUCUUGUGUGUGGAGGAGGAGAGAUAAUAUGACUGGUCUUUCACAUUAGGAAAUGAUGUGUCACCCACAUGAAUGAGUGGCCUUAUUAACUGAGGUUGGUUCCUUGACUAAUUAUACAGUAGUAAGAGCCACCGUGUAAUUUUUUAAAAAGUCCAUCUGAACAGAGUAUCUCUUUUCAAGUGGUUUUAUUGGGUGGACUUCCUCUUCAAGCCUUCUUCUGAAACAUUGGUUUUAUAAAGGAAAAUAAUAGGAACCUGGUUCUUAAAACAGGCAUUUAAUCCUUUUUUUUUUUAGCAGUAUUUCUGUCCAUGUUUCAUCCAGAUGUUCUGAAUUUUGCUAGAUAGUUCUACUUCCUCCACACAAACCCAUUCACAUCUGCUGUACUUCUGAACCUGUUGCAAAUUAUUACCGGGUUCCAGCGAGCUGUGCCGUCUGAUCUAUGUGCCCUUGGCAGGGGCCUUCGCCCUUCUAAAAUGCAUGGAGACGGAAGGAACUUGUAAAAGCAUCCAGAAAGCCAACAUGCUGCAAAUGGUUAGAAGCAGGUGCUUUGGCCCUCCAGAUGUUGCUAAACUACAGUUCGCAUCAGCUCUGGCCAGUGGCUGUGCAUGCUUUUCUUUUUUUUAAUUGCGCCAGGAGGCCUGUGAAACAACAGUGGCUUUAGUCAGCAAAGGAAACUAGGAGGAGAAAACUGCUUUAUGGUUUAGUUAUACAGUGGUACCUCGGGUUAAGUACUUAAUUCGUCCGUACUUAACCUGAAACUGUUCUUAACCUGAAGCACCACUUUAGCUAAUGGGGCCUCCUGCUGCUGCCAGAGCACGAUUUCUGUUCUCAUCCUGAAGCAAAGUUCUUAACCUGAAGGACUAUUUCUGGGUUAGCGGAGUCUGUAACCUGAAGCGUAUGUAACCUGAAGCGUAUGUAACCCGAGGUACCACUGUAUAUUUAAGGAGACGUGUAUCAGGAACCAGUAAGUGCAGUUUUAAUUUCGAAACGUCUAUUUUAAAACAGCGCCACUUUCAUUCUGACUCUUUUGUGUGAGCCUAGGAAUCCUAACUCUCUGCAAAAAAAGAGUCACACCACUUCAGCUGGGCUCCUGGAGCCACGUGGCUUUGUGGAAGCUUCAAAGCCGCAUUGCAAAGAGAAUACCUGAUCUCUGGGCAUUUGCCCUGAAGAACAAGCUUCUGAACUGCGUUUGAAAAGGCAGAAUCCUUUCGUAUGCCGUCAGACGCCUGCAAUCUUUUUGAGGACCAUUUUAGCCAAGCUGCAAAGGUGCAAGAGGUCUUUGAUGAGAAUGAGCACGUCCAGUAGCGUCUGUAGGCGGGUUCACACAAGUAUUGAUCCCUUGUCACUCAGCUGCUCAGCACUUGGGGCUUGAUGUACAUGCUCAUUGUUUGGCAGUGGCACCAUGUGUGAAUGAGCUGUCGUGGAUCUUAUGCAUCAGCUCAACGGCAGCAUUUUCCCCCCAUCAGUGCUUGCAUUCAGUUGGCCGUUGUCAAGUGGAUGAAAACUGGGUGAUGGACAAGAAUGUGUGAAUGAGGUCCUGAUGAAUUUUGAACUUGGCAGCUAUCUCCAUUAGGAAGUAUCUCAAAUAAACUGUCGGAUACCCCGGAGGGGGUCAAACAGUUCCUCCCCAAAAAGUGAAUUGGAUUUUUUUUGCUAUAUUUAACUACUGUAUCUGGCAAGGGAGCUUAGGCUGAGAGAUGGUGAUUUGCCAGAAUCCACCCACUGAGCUGCUUGGUUCAGUAGAAACCAGAACCUGAAUUUCUCACGUCCUACUCACGUCCUGUUCACCGCAGAGCAGGGUCGAUUGCACAUUUCAUGGCAGCCAGCUGGCUGCGUUUUUGCCCUGGUGUUUCCUGUGGAGAGCACACAGAGUGCAAAGGCGUGGUGCAUGUUCCCCUAAAUGCACAUUAGGCAUAUACCAAGGACACACUGGUAAGUGUGUGUCCUUGCCCUUACUGCAAAGUACUUGGAGAUACACAGCCCCUCUUUGUAAACCAUGUGCAUGGUCCAAACAGAAGCGUAAAAGCAAGUGUGCCUGGUGCAAAGUGUGGAUUGGAUGCAAAGAUGUUGUUUAAACACCUGGUAGAAGCCCAGAUGGGACGCGGGUGGAGCUGUGGGUUAAACCACAGAGCCCAGGACUUGCUGAUCAGAAGGUCGGUGGUUCGAAUCCCCGCGACGGGGUGAGUUCCCGUUGCUCGGUCCCUGCUCCUGCCAACCUAGCAGUUCGAAAGUACGUCAAAGUGCAAGUAGAUAAGUAGGUACCACUCCGGCGGGAAGGUAAACGGCAUUUCCGUGCGCUGCUCUGGUUCGCCAGAAGCAGCUUAGUCAUGCUGGCCACAUGACCCAGAAGCUGUCUGCGGAUAAACGCCGGCUCCCUUGGCCAGUAAAGCGAGAUGAGCACCGCAACCCCAGAGUCGGUCAUGACUGGACCUAAUGGUCAGGGGUCCCUUUACCUUUAGAAGCCCAGAUGCCCCUUCAUUUUUCUUUUAAAGCAGGCUUGGCCAACACAAAUCUCCGCCGAAAGACCAGCAACUUUAGCGGCCUUGUCUUGACAGCUUUCAAUUCCAGCUGGUCAUUGUAAGACUUCUGUUAAUGAAAAAAACGGUCCCCAAGCUUGCUUUCUUCCUCUUCCCUCCCACUCCCCUUUCCUUUGGUGUUGUGAUUUCUGGCCCUGGUCCUUGGGUUUGCAAUCAGUCUUAUAGGUGGUGUUUGUAACCUACUCUGCCCCUCUCCUUUUUUGUGCUGAAGCAAAGGAUGAAAAGUUGUUUUGUAUUUAGUCGGUUUAUAUACUGCCCUUUAUUGAAAGAUCUCAGGGUAGUGUACAUCAUUAGAAACACGUUGCAAAACAUCACUGACAAAAAAAUAAAAAGCACACUGACAGGCAGCCUAAUAGUAAAAUAAUCACAAUCUAUUAGUGAUAUAAAUCAAUUAGUACGUAUCAAUUAUAUAUUGUAAAUCAAUUACUGAUCUAGGGACUGGUGUAGGCUCAGUGGUCAGGAGUGUAUCAGUCGCAAGCUCAGGGAACCUCUUACCGGCAGUCUGAAUGUGGUUAUUCAGUUCUAUUCCUCCAGCGUUCAGGAUUCUUCCCUUCCUUGGCUUAACUUGGUGCCUUCAGUGACUACUUUUGUCUGGCUGGAAUGUGUCCUUGAACAAAGGAUGGAAAUAUGUUUAAACCUCUGACCUUUGCACAGCUGGAUUGUAACUGCUGUACAUAGGAAGGUCAUAACUAUUCCUUUACUGUCCUUUAGACGCUGGCCCGGCUUGUCAUGUCUCCCCACCCCACCCCUGGCAGGGAAAAAGGUUGCUUAUAAGGAAAUGUGGCCUUUGGGCAGAAAAAGACGUGUGUUAAAAGCUCCACAAUGCCAGUUACUGGAAACCAUGGCGGUGAAAGUGCCUCUGUGUUGGGUCUGGCUUGCAGUUUUUCCUGCAGGCAACUGGUUGGCCACAGGAUGCUGGAUUUAGGUGGGCCUUUGGCCUGAUCUGUUGGGACGCGGGUGGCGCUGUGGGUUAAACCACAGAGCCUAGGACUUGCCGAUCAGAAGGUCGGCGGUUCGAAUCCCCGCGACUGGGUGAGCUCCCGUUGCUCAGUCCCUGCUCCUGCCAACCUAGCAGUUCGAAAGCACGUCAAAGUACAGGUAGAUAGAUCGGUACCGCUCCGGCGGGAAGGUAAAUGGCAGUUCCAUGCGCUGCUCUGGUUUGCCAGAAAAGGCUUAGUCAUGCUGGCCACAUGACCUGGAAGCUGUACGCCGGCUCCCUCGGCCAAUAAAGCGAGAUGAGCGCCACAACCCCAGAGUUGGUCAUGACUGGACCUAAUGGUCAGGGGUCACUUUACCUUUACCUUACCUUGGCCUGAUCCAGCCAGGGGUAUUAAGUUCUGAAUAAAGCAUUUCUCAUUCUCCUGUUCUUUAUAUUUGCAGUCCGAGUGGGAAGAAAUUCCGAAGCAAGCCCCAGUUGUCGAGAUACUUGGGGAACACUGUUGACCUCAGCAGUUUUGACUUCAGGACAGGGAAGAUGAUGCCUAGUAAAUUACAGAAGAACAAGCAGAGGUUAAGGAACGAUUCGCUCAGUCAAAACAAGGUUUGUUCGCAAGCACACUUUAUAGAUGUGUCAGUUCCAUAAACUUUGACAUCUCUCUCUCUCUCUCUCUCUCUCACACACACACACACACACACGCACACACACAUAUAUAGAUUUAAAGGAACAAGUGUCUUUGUUUGUUCACACCUCCUAUCAGCUUCUCCCUGACAUCUUUGCAUUUAUCUUGAUCAGUGAUGGAGGUGUUUGCUUGGGUUUUCGUUUUUCAUUUCAUUUUUUUCAACGCUCCGGCAGUGACAAAAUAAAUAGAAGUAAGCCUGGAACAUAACCCUUGAAAAUAAUUCCACAAAACUUCUGCGUGUAUAAUCAAAGGUACCAAAUGUCUGUGCUUUCCAUCUGUAUGAUGAACAACGAUAAGGCUGACAAAACACUUCCAGGGAUCAUUUUGAUGCGACAGGUGAUGCCAAGAGAUAACCUGGUGCAUUUUCACAAUGUUGUCAAUGCCGUUUGUUAUCGGGGGAGCAAAAGUAGGUUUUUUGGCAGGAAGGCUGCGUCUUGCCGGUAUGUGCAUUAAAGGUUAUCGCAGGGCCGAUCUUCAGACCGGGAUUCCAGUAGUUAAGGGAUCAAUGAUCUGUAUCGCUCUUAUCCUCCCUGCAAAUGGCAGAAACUCAAUGGGCUGAAUUCAAAGUGGUUUGGCAUUCCAUUGACCCACUGGCACCUCCUUUCUCUCUCUCCUACCCAGAUAAUAAUAAUAAUAAUUAAUAAUAAUAAUAAUAUUUUUUAUUUAUACCCCGCCCUCCCCAGCCUAGACCAGGCUCAGGGCAGCUAACACCCAAUAUAAAAUACAACUUAAAAACAAGAUUAAAAGACAACAUUAAAACAUUAAAAUACAGCCUCAUUUCAAUGGAAACUCAAAUCAAAAACUUUUUGGGGAUGAAAACGUCAAGUCUUCACCAAGGCUGGUCCUACGUGGGCCAGAAAAAAGCCAGGGAAGUCCCCAAAUAGGUGUUCCAUCACAGAAGGAGAAAGGAAAGAGGGGGAGAGGAUCAAGUUGAUUCCAAGCCGAAGGGCAGGCGGAACAACUCUGUCUUACAGGCCCUGCGGAAAGAAAUCAGAUCCUGCAGGGCCCUGGUCUCAUGAGACAGAGCGUUCCACCAGGCCGGAGCCAGUGUUGAGAAGGCCCUGGCUCUGGUUGAGGCUAAUCUGACUUCCUUAGGGCCUGGGACCUCUAGGGUGUUGCUGUUUAUGGACCUUAAGGUCCUCCGUGGGGCAUACCGGGAGAUCUUCUCCAGAGGCUCCCAUCACCCCCUGGGCCUGAUUUAGAGGGUGCACAGGAAAGGGUCUGCAGGGGAAAGGAGUGGGGUAGUUCUCCUCUUGUGCUAGCAGAACAUUUGCAUGGUGGAUCAGUGUUACUUGGUGUAGGAAUCUUUUUUCGGUUGCUGAGACAGGUCUGUCUCAGAGCAGGGCUUUCAGUGUGGCUGCCCCUGUUCUGCGGAACAGCAUUCCUGUCGAGAAAUCACUGGAGUGCCCUAGCUGCACCUACAAGGAAGCAAACAGAGAACAAUCUUGUUCUGACAAGCUUUUCCAGCUGCGCAAAGAGGCCUCUGCCAACAGGUGUCCGCUUUGUAUUGUUUCAGGACACAUUUGCCUUGCUAGCUCAGUUGGUAAGAGCAUAAGACUCGUAAUCUCAGGGUUGUGUGUUCAAGCCCCUUGUUGGGCAAAACAUUCCUGGAUUGCAGGGGUCUAGGAUUCUAUGAUCUUCUGUUUAGUUGUUGCUUUGUGACUGUUUUUCUUAGAUUUUGUAUAUCAACAAAUAUCUAGAUAUUUGUUGAAGGCUGAUUGAUGGAUAAUAAAUUAGGAAUGGAGGCAUUACUUCUCUCGUAAAAACAUAAGAAGGGCUUGCUGGAUUAGGCCAAUGGCGCCUCAAGUCCAGCAUCCUGUUCUCACAGUGGCCAACCAGAGGCCCGUGGGAAACCUGCAAUCAGGAUUCAAACACAAGACCACUCUCCCCUCCUGGGUUUUUCCGCAACUGGUAUUCAGAUGCAUUUCUGCCCCCCACUGUGGAGACAGAGCAUAGGCAUCAUGGCCGGCUAAUCCUUCUAGCUUGGUGGCUGUUUAACUGCUGUUUUGUCCUCUUUCCACUUCCUUUGUGAACCUAGACCAGCGGUUCUCAACCUGUGGGUCCCCAGAUGUUGGACUACAACUCCCAUCAUCCCAGAGCUCUGGCCUUGCUAGCUAGGGGUGAUGGGAGUUGUAGUUCAAGAACAUCUGGGGACCCACAGGUUGAGAACUGCUGCCCUAGACCAUGGGUAGGCAAACUAAGGCCCAGGGGCCGGAUCCGGCCCAAUUGCCUUCUAAAUCUGGCCUGCGGACUGUCCGGGAAUCAGCGUGUUUUUACAUGGGUGGAAUGUGUGCUUUUAUUUAAAAUGCAUCUCUGAGUUAUUUGUGGGGCAUAGGAAUUCGUUCAAUUUCCCCCCAAAAUAUAGUCUGCCCCCCCCACAAGGUCUGAGGGACAGGGACUGGCCCCCAGCUGAAAAAGUUUGUUGACCCCUGCCCUAGACAGUCAGGAUCAAGUGCAGUGAACGCUAUAUAUCCUGUCAGGUUCACUGAGGUAAAAAAAAGCAAAGUGAGGCAAUGCUUUCCUGGAUCAGUCACAUGGGUGUUCCCUGCCAAUUGGAUCACUGAUUGACCUCACAGGAUAUCAGCAUUCCAGGCAGUUACAGCCCCCUUCCAAUGUGAUCCUGGAAAACCACUCCAGGAAGGGGAUGCUUUUGGCUACUAUGGAAAACGUUCUACAUAUGUUCUUUCAGCUUGGCUCCAGGUGAAAAACAUCCUUGCAUCAAAAUGUCCCCACAUAAAAACCUCCCUCUUCAGUAACCUUGCAUGCAGGCAAGCAAAAGGCAUUAUCACAUGGGUAGGCAAACUAAGGCCCGGGGGCCGGAUCCGGCCCAAUUGCCAUCUAAAUCUGGCCCCUGGACAGUCCGGGAAUCAGCGUAUUUUUACAUGAGUAGAAUGUGUCCUUUUAUUUAAAAUGCAUCUCUGGGCAUAGGAAUUCGUUCACCCCCCCAAAAAAAAUAUAGUCUGGCCCUCCGCAAGGUCUGAGGGACAGUGGACUGGCCCCCUGCUGCAAAAGUUUGCAUUAUCAGAAUUCCAACCAGGCAGAAAUCUCAUGUAGGAUGUGAAGCAGGGACCACAGAGGGUGUGUGGCUGUGAUGUAGUGAGAGUCCCGAGGGCCAGGUAAAAAGGCUUGGAGGGCCACAUUUGCCUCCACCCUUGCCAUACAUGCAUAGGUAAGCUGGUGUAUGAAAUUUCCUCAAAGCGUAUUUUAUCAUGGUGACUCUUUCUUUAAAAAACGUUUGGUGUUCAGGAGAAAAAUACGAGCAAGUUCUUGCAUGUCCCGCCGUGAUUACCAGCCAUGUAAUAACUUCUCUUGUUUCCCCAUUCUGCUUAUCAGCUGUGCGAUAACAUGUGGUUUUUCUCCUGUCUUCGAAUAGGGCAAACCAGAUUUAAACACAACACUGCCAAUCAGACAAACGGCGUCUAUUUUUAAACAGCCGGUCACCAAAGUUACCAACCAUCCUAGCAACAAAGUGAAGUCUGAUCCACAGCGAGUGAUUGAACAGCCCAGACAGGUAACUGGGGGCGAUGGGUGGUUUGGGGCUGAUACGGCCCAGAAGGACAGCAAUUGGAAACUAUUUUGUCACAGAGGAAAUGACGUGAAAUAGUGGGACACCUGCCAAUGGGCAGUUGUGGUCAAAUAUCCACCACUGUAUUCCAUUUUUAUUACAGAAAUACAAAAUCGACGCCGUCUAAAUAUCAACAUGAUGCUUAAUGUGCAAGAUGCUUCGCAUUAAUACUUUUUUAUAUAAUUUAGACAGAAAAAUUUAUUUUGUAUGAAGGAAAAACAAUGCAAAAUUAUUUAAAUGACUGGCUCAUCUUAAAUGUGUAACAAACAAGGCUAACAAAGUGUUCCAACAACUCAACGAAAGAAAUAAGAAAGUUAUGAAAGCUAAUUUAUUUUUAUUUAUUGCAUUUAUGACUCACCUUUCCUCCAGGAAGAGCUCAAGGCUACGUGAUCCCACCCUCACAAUAGCCUUGUGAGGCAGACAGAUGGUGACUAACCCAAGGUCACCCAGUGAGCUUCAUGACUGAGUAAGGAUUCGAAGCCGCCUCUCCCUUUUUCUAGUCUGAUACUCUAACCACUACACCUCUGCAUAUUGUAUUCUGGGGCACUGUAAAGAGCUUCCCCUCAGAACUGCUUUUAUUCAGAAGUUCCACUGGUAUUGCUGGGGCUUGAAUUUCCCAUUCGGAUUGCAGCCUUAGGGCCAGGUCAUGGUUUCUUUGUACGUGUGUGAGGAUAUUGACAUUUCACAUAUCCGGCGAGCCUAUACUCUUGGUUCACCGGGAGCUUUUUUUUGGGUGAGUCAAAGGCUUUUCCUGGAUGUCUGUUUCUUCUCUGCCUCCCAGAUGCAUCACGUUGGAAGUCCUUUUGAUCUUCCUGGAUGAUUAGGUCUUCCUAAAAUAGGUUAGCCCUUUGAGAUGACUUUGGAGGCCUGUGGGAGAAACUCUUUCAGUUCUCCAGCAGAAGGCAUGAUCUGGUCUGUUAGAAAGGGUAUGUGUGUAAUAUUGGUUCUGUUGUGGGCCUGGCUGUUACCUUGUAUAUUUCCACAGUGAGAGCUGUUGUUUGACAGCGGAACAGACUCCCUUGGGAGCUGGUGGACUCUCCUUCCAUGGAGGUUUUUAAGCAGAGGUUGAUUGACCAUCUGCCAUGGAUGCUUUAGUUGAGAUGCCUGCAUUUCAGGGAGUUGGACUAGGUGACCCUUGGGGUAACUUUCAACUCAAUAAUAGGCAAACUUCGCCCUCCAGAUGUUUUGGGACUACAAUUCCCAUCACCCCUGACCACUGGUCCUGUUAGCUAGGGAUCAUGGGAGUUGUAGUCCCCAAACAUCUGGAGGGCUGAGUUUGCCUAUGUCUGUUCCAAGUCUUCCAGUUCUAUUACAGUGGUGCCCCGCAAGAUGAAUGCCUCGCAAGACGGAAAACCCGCUAGACGAAAGGGUUUUCCGUUUUUCGAUGCGCUUCGCAGGACGAAUUUCCCUAUGGGCUUGCUUCGCAAGACGAAAAUGUCUUGCGAGUCUUGAGAUUUUUUUUCGCUCCCCCCCCCCUUUUUCUAAGCGGCUAAGCUGCUAAUAGCCUUUUAGCAGCUAAGCCGCUAAGCCUUUAAUAGCCGCUAAACCGCUAAUAGCGCUAAUCCGCUAAUCCGCUAAUAGGGUUGCUUCGCAAGACGAAAAAACCGCUAGACGAAGAGACUCGUGGAACAGAUUAAUUUCGUCUUGCGAGGCACCACUGUACAGUCGUACAGUGAUUGUACGACUUGUGUACACAAAUGGAUGAGCUGUACGGCAAAAUCUCAAGAGAGAGGUCACCCUAAUAACUGACCCUUUUUACUGGAGAUGCUAUAAACUGAAUCUGGGACUUUUGGUAUGCAAAGCAGAUGAUGAUGAUGAUGAUGAUGUUGAUGAAAAUCGCCCAUCUGACUAGGUUACCCCAGCCAUUCUGGGUGGCUUCCAAAAUUAACCAUAGUUUUCCGUGUAUAAGAUGAUGUUUUAUUAUUAUAAAAUAAUGUUAAAAAUUGGGGGUUGUCUUAUACACGGAUAGUGCAGAGGGGAGGACGGGCGAUUGGUUGCAGCCGCGAGCAGGAGAUUGUCAGCUGCGAUUGGGCAGGUGAUUGGUGGCUGCGGCAAGGGCUGCUGCCGAUUGGCUGCUUCUUUGUCAACUGGGUGUGUGUUUGGUAGCUGCUGCUAUGGCAAUUGGGCUGGCAAUUGGUGGCUGCUGGGGGCGAGUGGGCAGACGAUUGGUGGUUUUGGCGACGUGUGAUUGGCAGCGUUAGCUAGGCGGGUGAGCAAUUUUUGGCAAUCCCCCUGAAAAAAGCUCAGCAACUCUUGGCAACAUCCCCCCCAAAACUCAACAACUCUGGGCAUUCUUUCCCCACUUUCUUAAUUUGGAGUCCCCAAAAAUAGGGGUCGUCUUAUUCACGGGAGCAUGUUAUACACAGAAAAAUACGGUAAACAUUAAGACAUCAGGACUGCCUUUCGAUAGAUGCUCUCUGUCAUUGAGCUCUAGCCAUCUCCCCUUUUCUAGCAAGCCUCCUCUAUUUAUUUAUGCUUUUAUAUGCCUUAUUGGGUCACUGUCUUUAUAUUUAUUCUAAGUAAUAUUUUUAAUAACAACAACAACAAAAAAUAUGGUGAUAUAAAUAUUAUUGUAUGCUAUUUUAUCUGACAAUUAUGAUAUCAUUUUUUUGCAAGCUGCAUUGUAGAUGGAAGGGUGAGGUGCAAAUAUUUUUCAUAAAUACCUACGUUUAUGAGGAUUUCUGAUAAGUUUCCCACAGUGGUAAUGAACAGCCUGGGCAGCUGCCACAUCUCAGAUUAAGACCCUGCCACCUUCAUUUGUGUGGGGAACUACUUCUUCUUCUUUGAAUAAAUUGAAUUAGAGUUUACAAAGAGAGAUACAAAAUUUAAUACCAAGUAUCUUUUUUCAUCCAACCGUAAUCUAAAUAAAAUAAAAGCAUGGAGGAAACGAAAAAGGAUAGGAGAAAAGAAAAAAAGAGGGGAAAAGAAAUGAGAGAAAACGACAAGAAGGAGGAGAUAGAAAAGAACUUAAAAGAGAGAAUAGAAAAGAUAAAGUACAGAAAUUAAAGAACUUCAGAUUCUUCACCUGUCCACUGUAUAUAAACAACAAGUCACUUCAUUGGUGUGGAACAUCUGACCCAUAGGCUGUUUUGGGUGAGGCAUGCCUUGGUGACAGAAAAAGGCAUCAUAUUCAAAAAGUACCUACCAUAUUUUUUGCUCUAUAAGAUUCACUUUUUCCCUCCUAAAAAGUAAGGGGAAAUGUGUGUGCGUCUUAUGGAGCGAAUGCAGGCUGCGCAGCUAUCCCAGAAGCCAGAACAGCAAGAGGGAUUGCUGCUUUCACUGUGCAGAGAUUCCUCUUGCUGUUCUGGCUUCUGAGAUCAAGAAUAUAUUUUUUUUCUUGUUCUCCUCCUCCAAAAACUAGGUGCGUCUUGUGUUCUGGUGCGUCUUAUAGAGCGAAAAAAACGGUAAUUCAAGUUGCUGCAGAGGAAGGCCUGCAUUUCUAAGCACACGGUUGAUUGUUCCUUUGCAUCUGCACCUUGAAUUGGGAAAGCACUGCCUUCAAGCCAGGGCUGCAAAGGAGAAAAUGAGAGCACACUUAAGAGCAUGCUCCAGAUUCUUCUUUCACAGCCACAGUUUGAAGCGUCAGUCACCUGGCAUCCUAAUGACAUCAGGCGAGGGACAGGUGGCUCACCCACCCCACCUGUCGAAAGUGGCCCACACAGGGUUAACUGCUCCUGGAUCUGGCCCUAGUAGCGGAGAUGGGGGGAAGACCUCUCUGCCUGAUGAGACCUUGAAGCGUUGCUUCCAGCCAAAGUCGGGAUGAUUCAUUUAUAAGGCAACUUCUCCCUCUGUAUAUAUAUAUAUUCAUAAUGUUGGAGACCAUUCCAUGCACAAAAGAAUGAAGAGCAUUUGGUGUGACUUCUCUUGAGUCCAGCAGCGUCCUCCAGACCCGACCUGCCAUUUCCCAGAAGCUACAGACCAGCACAAGAUCUCCAACAUGGAUUUCUUAAGUGUUCUAGAACUGCAAAGGCAUUGUUACUGAGCCAGCUCUGUAGAAAAGCUUGCGAAGAAGGCACUAAGCUUUGAAACCUAAGGAGCAGUCUAAAAAUGCUGAAAUGGGAGCAGCUUUAGGCUUCAGGUUAAUCAAGUGUCUUUUUCUUUGUUGUACGAAUGUGCUGAAUAGGGAAGGGGCCCAGUUCAGACAUUCAGACCUGCGUUAAAAGCUGCCCACAUUAGCAGAGAGCCAGCCUUGAGUGUUUGCAUGUUUGGAACCACUCAGACAAUACCCUUGUGAGUACAGACGGUUUGUCUGAUACAAAUGAGACUUCCUAUUUGUCUACGCAGCACCUCGUUUCAUUUUGUGCGGUGCUGAGCUUAUCACGAGGAGACUGUAGCUCAACCGCAGGCCGCAUGCUUUGCAUUCCGAGGUCCUGGUUUCUCAAUCCCCAGAACCUUCAGUAAAAACAGAACCGAAAAUAUCACAUAUUGUAGAAGCUGACUAAAUACCAGCUCCUUCAACUGUUCCUCAUAAGGCCUGCUUUCCAAACCCUUGAUCAUCAACCCUUCCUCAAGCUUGUUAGUAUCCUUCUUAAAUUAUGGCGCCCAGAACUGGACACAGUAUUCCAGGUGUGGUCUGAUCGAGGCAAAAUAGGGUGGUACUAUUACAUCCCUUGAUCUGGACACUAUACUUCUGUUGAUGCAACCUAGAAUAGCAUUAGCUUUGUUUGCCACUGCAUCACACUGUUGACUCAGGGAAAGAACUCUGGGGAGCCACUGCUGUGAGCUGAAGGGGCAAAUAGUCCGUAAGGCACCUGGCAGGACCCAAGCCACCAGUAAUUCACCUUGAGCGAGCUGGAGUUACCUCUUUCUUAGCAAAACAGGAUCAGCACAGGAAUUUCAGGCCUAGUGAGCACAGCAACUCAGGUCUUGCCCCCAUGAAGCAGUUGCCUAGACCAGGCACCCCCAAACUCGGCCCUCCAGAUGUUUUGGGACUACAACUCCCAUCAUCCCUAGCUAACAGGACCAGUGGUCAGGGAUGAUGGGAACUGUAGUCCCAAAACAUCUGGAGGGCCAAGUUUGGGGAUGCCUGGCCUAGACUAAAGGUCCCUGCCUCCCCACAGCCAGCUAUGUCUCCUCCUCUCCAGGAUGUAUCCCAAGCAAUCUGAGAUUGUGCCUCCGUGGCUGCCUUUGCUCCUCCCUCUUCAUGCCUCUCCUGCCUCUUCACAAGCCUGACCCAUCUCUGCCUCUUGGCCUCCUCCUUUCCUACUUCAGCUUCUGCCUCCGAUUCUGAACCUCUCUCUUACUAAGCCCUGUUAUGUCUUCAGCUUCCACCAUCCCAUCCUUCCAGUCUUCUCCCUCUGAUCACUCAUUGCCGUCCCACCACAAAGGGAGUCUUCUUCCCCUUGCGGUUCCCCAGCUGGUUCCUCCCACCAUUCCUCUGUGUCCAACCAGUCUAUGGCAUCAUCUCUAUCUGUUUCCAUUGCAUGAUAGAUGUUGCUGCAGGCCUAGAUGUCUGAUACAGACAACUGAUUUCUCCUCUUCCUCAACACCUCUGGCAUUGCUUUUAAAAAGGCGGCAUCUUGUUUACUUCUGCACCCGAACUGUGGCAUAUCUUGCCCUGCAAGGCUUGGAUGACCCCCUCUCUUUAACCAUCUUCCACCUGCUAGGAAAGUCAUUUUUGUUCAGGAAGACAUUUUGCCUUGUUGAGCAGAGAGUAUUAUCCUCCCAGAUUUGCUGUGCCUGUUCGGCCUCUUACUACGUUCCAUGCAUGUUCAGUCUGUGUACACCAUUGCUUGAACUGGUACACCCGGUUAUUCAAGUGUGAUAUACGGCGAGUGUACCAUCUGUGUGCCUGUGUUCACAACAGUUGAGCUGUAGAAAUCAACGAGUGUGUGCUCUUUUGUACAAACACUUGUACAUGUGUAGAGACAGCUUGUACCUGGGUUCAGUGUAAUGUGCGAACACGCUUUGUAUUUUCUUGAUGAUGUUGUCUUUAUGAUAAUGUGGUUUUAAUUGAUCUAAGCUGAUCUGAAUACCCAUAUGCAGUAGAAGGGUAGAGAUAAUUAUAUACGUGUAUCCAUAUAAGCACACAAGGUAAAGUAGCAAAGGCUGUUGAUGAUGGUCUGGUGAAGGAAAACAGGAAUGAAAUAAUUGAGUUGUCUCGCGAAAUGUGUAAAUAUGGGCUGAAGUUGGUCACUGCCACGAUUGUCUUAAAAGUGAUCUUAAUUGGACAACCAAAUAUUAAUGGCUUGUGUAGAGAGCACUGAAACAAAGCAAUUACGUUGCGUACAAAACUCAUCCAUCACAUUAUCACUCUGACCAGGGUCUACAGGGAUCACCAAACUUAUCUGACAUAAUUGUAACCUAAAUUGAUUUUUUAAAUCGGCUAAAUGGGAACAUUUUAUAUAGUCCUUACAGUAAUCAUGCCAAUUGUAUCAUUUUAGUUCCUAUUUAAGAUAAAUUAAGUAGAUGUUUAAAAAAUUGUACUGUCAUUUUCACAAUGAAAAAUUACUUGGGGGUAACAAAAAAUGCUCCAAUUACUAAGUAAGGAGUUGCAAUUGAAUACCUUGGUUUUCAGGAAAGGAGCACAUUUCAGAAUAAUCUAAUUAGGUGCCAUAUGUAAGAUCUCCAUUUGCAUGAUACAUCCACUUGCUUAGGGUGGUAUUCAGCUAAGUUUUACUCACAGUAGGCCCACUGAAAUUAAUGGCAAUGUCUUAGACAUGUUCAUUAAUUUCAGUGGGUCUCAUGGUAAGCAGCAAGGUUGGUAAUUCAACUAAGUUUUACUCAAACGUAGUUCAACUACUACCCUUGCUGAUUACUCUUAUUUUUUUCAUUUUGUUUUUCCUUCAACGUGUACUCUUCCCUCUCUCUCUCUCUCUCUCUCUCCCUCCAUUAGCUCUGUGAAGCAUAUUAGACUGAGAUAUAGUUAACUGGUCCAAGCUUACCCAUGGCUGAGCAGGGAUUUGAAUUUGAGUCUCCUUGGUCUACAGUCCUUGCAGAUUUACCUGCAUGCGCAAGUUCACAAGUACCUUACUGAUGCACGCAUUUUCAGGUGCUGAACUUAGUCACCCCGUGCCACAGGGCAAAUGACACUUACACUAGGGCAGAAUUAGCAAUCGAGAUGCCAAAUCAAAGUUUAGCUGGUCCCAAUGAGUGAUUUCCAAUGCAGAUAGCACCUUUGGAACAAGGACUCUUAUUUAGGACAGCAGCAGGAGAGGAGAGGGUUAAAUUCUUCCACCACACCUGCUGUGCUCCUUGUAAUUAUCCAUUGCUCUCCCUGCAGCUGAUGCUAUCUGCAUUUUUUUAAAAACAGCAACAGCCCCCAACAAAGCUGCCUUGUGCAUCACGCGUAGUUUGGUCCUUGGGUGAGCAUCCUUGAAAGCUACCCCCUUUUAAGUUGAUUAUGCAGCCCUAGCAUAUUGGAAGCAAUCAAGGGCUCAAGACGAUUGUCCUUAACUGGAAAAAGUGUGCGUUUGCUUAAUUGUUUUUGCAUCAGUUUAAAGUAAGCAAGUACAGCCGGCGCUCAUCUGCAUUGGAGCAAUCAGGUGUUGGUUUGUCCUGUGCACAAGUCCCAUUCAGGUGUGUUAUUGGGCAGCGACUGUUCAUUUUGCAAGUCUUUGUGCAAGAGAACUUCCCAGAGGAGAGUUUCUCUUCAGUAGCAAAGCUCCGCAGGGAACUGGCACCCAGAAUCUGCCCUGGAAGUAACCUUGAAAAAGAAUAAAAACAAGAGAUGUUUGCUUUAGUAUCACCGCAAGCUGCUUUUGAGAGGUUGAUUGCGUCUAAAUAAAUGGGGCAUAAAUAUUUGAACUAAACCCGCAAAUAAACAAAACGAUUCCUUCUGCUUUUCCGUCAAGUUGGCAGCAUGCAGAGGCUGUCUGUAAAUCUUCCAGCGCUGUUGCAGAAGGGAUUAAGUUUAUGCCUAUAAAAUGAAUAUUCCGUCUUGGUUUUCCCUCCCCCCCUGCAGUGUUUUUGUUACUUUUCCAUUUUAAAUUAACCCGGCAAUCUUUCAAUCUUUUCAGCUUUUCUGGGAGAAGAGGCUGCAAGGCUUGAGUGCAUCAGAUGUGAGCGAGCAGAUCAUAAAAUCCAUGGAGCUGCCAAAAGGCCUUCAAGGUACUCUUUGCAUCAGCAGUGUUCUGUGCGCUCCUAAAAAAUGGGUGGCUCUCAAGCUGGGGUGCAGAGGGACAUUUUGUGCAUGUGUGGAUGCAUCUGAAGGGGUGGGGAGUGUCAGGAGUUCAGCCUACACUCGAGUAGGACCCUGGCAGAGACACAUGCCCGACUGGCAUGUUCUCUCCCUCCUGGUUGAUCGUUUGGGAGCUUCAGAAGCUUUCUUCACCCCAGACAUUACAGUGACCGAUGCCAACCGACACUGGCACACUUAGGGAUCCGCAGAGUUCGUGCACCCUGUGUGACAGACCUCAGCAACUCAGCAUUUUGGCUAAUCUACUUUAUUUACAUAUAAACACACACGGAGCACUGCAACAUGGCUCCCUCUCUCUGUAGCAUCAGACAACAAAGAGAAAACAACAACAAAGGACAACAGUCACACUUCACAGAACACAGUAACACAAACUCCAUCACUUCCCACUUUGUGGAGUCAAAACAUAUACCAUCAUGUGAAAGACAAAAAUCCCAUGACUGCAAUCAUGGAGCAGGAAUUCUAACAGGGAGGGCCCACAUGCUUGACUUUGCCCCCAGUGUCCACAUUGUAGCUUCACAUCUUGGUACGCUGGUGGAAGUCUAAAGGGUGAUAAGAACAUAACAGCAGUAGCCCUGCUGGUUCAGACCAAAGCUUCAUUUAGUCCAGAUUCUCAGGUGCGCAGCAACUGCCAGGAGGAGGAGAGGAAGUCCUAUUCUGUGAGCAAAAGCCUGUUUGGUGUGGGGAGAAAUUCCCUUUGAGGGUUCAUUACAGAGGCUGUCACCAAAUUCCCAGCUUGUCUAUUGAGUACUGCAUUACAGGACAGAGUCCAGAGAGUCUGCAAGAACUUCCCAUUAGGAAACAUGGUAUAUAGUAAAAGAUAGUCACCUUAGGUAUUUCUUCCUCUCCCCUGCCAUCUUCUGCCACCCCACUGCCUGUCAGGAUGCUGUCAGUGGCUCCCGGCUGGUUGCCCAGGAACGUAUAAAGACAAGGGAGAGUUUCUUACCGUCCUUUUUUAUUUUAAUCUUUACAGAGAGAGGCUAUAGAACCCAGCCUCUUGGAUAAUGGCGUUGUCCUGACUGAAUCUCCACCCCCACCCCCGUAUCUCCCACAUCCUCAUUCAUCAUUCUCAUCAUCUCCUCUAUGGGUGCUACCACGUGCCCUCUGUCUUUGAGCUCUUUGCUCUCCUACUUUUAAGUCUUGCUGGGCUCUGGGAGACGGAGGAUCUGGAAUGCUUUCUCAUGACAUGUCAGCUGGUGUUGUUCUGCCUGUUCCAUGAUUUCCCAGCUUUUCCUCUCAUCUGCCUCUGAACUGCGGCCUCCCCCAAACCCCUGUUGUAAAUCUAUACUGCCUCUUCCUCCUCCCCGGAAGGGUCAGGUUGGGGAGGCAGUCUCCACCAUUCCUCCUCUGCCCAGUCCCUGAAAUUGCCCCACCAUCUUUUAGUCAACCACAGUCCUUGGAAAUGGCAUGUGUUAGACCCCUCAUUGUACCAUAUCUGGAGUUGCUUUGGCCAUUAGGUUCCUCCGAAGCUGGUUCUUGCCAGUUUUGUGGUUAGGCUGCCCUCUUGCCCCACAGAUAAUUGGUUGUCCAGAAUUCCUAGAGUGUCAAGCUGAACCUACACUAAGCAGGAAGGUGAACUGAAUGGGGCCAGCACGGUGUGGGGUGAGACCCGUGUGUGUGUGUGUGUGUGUGCCCCUGCAUGCUUCAUCUCCCUCUCAUGUGCUCUGACUACCUGACUAGGCUCUGGGAUGGGAGGUUUGGGAUCCUUGCCACCGGAUCCUGCCCGUUGAACUUUGCUCUGGUGAACCUUAUUGACAAGUGCGGCUUUUUUCCGUUCCAGGGGUUGGCCCGGGGAACAACGACGACACCCUCCUGUCUGCCGUCGCCAGCGCACUGCACACAAGUUCUGCCCCCAUCACAGGGCAGCUCUCUGCCGCCGUUGAGAAGAACCCAGCCGUGUGGCUGAACACCUCCCAACCUCUCUGCAAAGCCUUCAUCGUCACGGACGAGGACAUUAGGUAAGUCCUUGCCCCCACUGCUGUUGAAGGGCUUUUCCUCUCACUGCAAACAGCUGUGGCGAUCACACAGGGUCCCCGGACGUUUCACCAUCUCUUGAUCCCUGUGCCACCACUUUAUUUCUCGCUGCCACCACCCAGGCCCUACCUGAUACAAUACUGAGUCCAGUCAGGGUUAAGUUGGAACAUAAACUUCUGUUUAUUUAUUGCAGUUUAACAAGCGUGUGGUUUCAUAAACGGUAUUGGUCAAUUACAAUCAUAGGGUGCUUAUCCAGACCUAUAACUUCCGCUACCUGCUCUCACUCACUAAACCACCUCUCAGAUAUUUACUUGUUUUCCUAGCCCCUAACUGUUCCUGACUCAGCUUAUUUCACUACACUAACUCAACCAACCCACGGACUCUAUCCCAAUUCAACCAACCACCCAACUCACAAACUCUCCCUUCGCCCCUCCCAGAGCUGGUUUUAUAGUCCCUCUGACUCCACUCCCUAGGUUCUGAUUGGGUAACCUGUUUAACUAUUUCACCUCCAGCACUCUCAUAUGUUAACAUCACACCAGCCCCAUUCUGUCAGGUGGAUGGAAUUCUCUCCUUUUAUCACUAUGUGUGUUCACAUUGCACACACUUCCUCUCAUUCUCCCGAGUUGAUUUCUGGAUCUUACCAACUUUUCAGACUUCUGACUUUACAGUUUUACCACACUCUGCUAUUUCAAAGGUCUUCUAUGAGCUCAAUCUUGUCCAUUGCUCCUCCUCACAGUUUGUUGAAGAACCGUUGAACUUUCAGAAGUUGGGCUGCACUGGGAGGACCUGUAGCUGGACGCGCAAGUUGGGCAAGCAGUGGUGCCACGUUUGCUGGGUUGAUCGACUUGUAAAAGAUCCUAAAGUGGAUGGAAUCAAACCUGCAACCUUGGCGUUAUCAGCACCACACACAAACCAACUGAGCUAUCCAGGCAGGCAAGCCUCAGAAAGGACAAGAAGAGAAAAGGAUAUUGAGCAACUUUCCUGCUUGGCAGGGGGUUGGACUCGAUGGCCCAUGUGGUCUCUUCCAACUCUAUGAUUCUAUGAUUCUAUGAUUCUAUGAUUCUAUGAUUCUAAAUAGAAUAUAAUAAAAUCAUGCAUGAUCCCUUCAUGUAAUGGACUUGAUGAUAUAUAGAGGCAAUUUCCAUAGCAUGAGAGACUUUUGGUAACUAGAGGUGUAAUGACUAGAAAACGAUGUCUAAAAAAAGUAAGAACGAUGGUUUGAGCUGAUCUAUUUUCUUUGAAGGGCCAGGUUUGCCUUCCCUUUGAGAGCAGUUGGAGGAAGCCUUAAAUCGGGUGUUUAGUGUCACCAGCCUCCAUGCUGGAGACCACCCUUCUAGAAGAGAUUUGGCAGGCACCCCCAAGUGUGUCUCUUGACCUCUCUGUGCCAACAAGCCUAUGCAGUGGUUUAAAAUUUUCUUGGGUAGCCAGUCGUUUUAAUCAUCACUCUGUAUUGCUUUUGUUUUAUUCUUUAUGUUGUUGUACAGUAGCCUGAUGCUUUUUGAGAUGACCCCUCUAAAAUAAAUAAUAAACCUCCCUCCCCAGUGGGAGAUUUCUGUCCCCACUGCAAAGCAAGCUCAGGAUCAUGACACCUGCUGUGUCGGGGCUGAACCCUGCAGCCUCACUUCCCCCAGAUUCCUGCAUCCUUUCUGCCCAUUGAGACUCAUUCCUGUUGAUGCUUAGAAUGUUGCACCUGAAAGCAGUUUGCAGAGAUAACUUUGUUUCAUGGGGCUGCUCUUUGUGACUUAAGAAAAGGUGUGCCCUUUCUCUUUCCCAUCCUGUUAGAGCCCAGGUUUUGAAGGGCGUGUUUGAAGCUUCUGCCACCUCAGCAGCAAUGCAGCGUUCGCAGAGCUUUGUGUAUUUCUGCUGACACAACAGCCCACGGCUGUGCCAGUUCAUAAACAAGGAAGUAAAUCAAAUGGGGCCAUGUUUGGCCUGUGCUGGGUGAAAUAUGAGAGUGGGCACUUUCCCAAUACAGUGGUACCUCACGUUAAAGAUGCUUCAGGUUACAGACGCUUCAGCUUACAGACUCUGCUAACCCAGAACUAUUACCUUGGGUUAAGAACUUUGCUUCAGGAUGAGAACAGAAAUCGCGUGGCGGCAGUGGGAGGCCCCAGUAGCUAAAGUGGUUCUUCAGGUUAAGAACAGUUUCAGGUUAAGAACAGACCUCCAGAACGAAUUAAGUUCUUAACCCGAGGUACCACUGUAAAAGUUUGCACUGUGGAGUCAGACUAUUACGACUGCCACAUGCCUUUAUAUUUCAUUCACAUAUGGCUUUUGAGAUGAGCCUCACAGUGGCCCAUUUCCAAAUCUUUGUGUGAUGGUGUAUCACCGGGGUGGGUUGUCCAAAUUGCAUGGCUCCUUUCCACCCCCUUGAAAAAUACUGAGAUAAAAGCUUUCAAUAACUAUCAAAUGAGGCCACCUGCCCCAUCUAGCUGCAAACAGAUAAAUGGGGCAGGUAAAAGCACUGUGGGGCACACAGUCUCUCGGCUAAGGAUGCUUAAGGAACCUCUGUAUUUCCAAAUUCCCAUGUAACUUGACUUGCUCCUCACCUCCCGUUUGUGGAUUGAAAUGCAGCUAUUCUGUGGAAGAUAGUUCAAGAAUGUCAAAUGGUCCAAAAUGCGGCCAUCAGAGGCAGUCAGUGUUGAUGAUAUCAUUGCCGUAGCAGCUUCACUGGCUGACAGUGAGUUUCUGGGCCCAAUUUAAAGUUCUUUUUUUUUUAACCUUUAAAGCCUUAAAUGGUUUGGACUGAAGUUGUUCCUUGGAUUUGCUGCAGCUGUAUAAUCCUGCCAGCAAAGAGCAGAGUGCAGUUUUGCUCAAGUCUUGCUUGUAGGCAUCUGGUUGGCCAUUGAGAGAGCAUUGCUGUCUCCUGCUCCAGAAGGUAGGAUUCGAACCCAUGGCUUCAGGAAAGGAGAUUCCAGCUAAGCGUCAGGAAGAACUUUAUGACAGUAAGAGCUGUUUGGCAGUGGAACAAAUUCCCUUGGGAGGUGGUGGACUCUCCUUCCUAGGAGGUUUUUAAGCAGAGGUUGGAUGGCCAUCUGUCAUGGAAGCUUUAGCUGAGAUUCCUGCAUUGCAGGGGGUUGGGCUAGAUGACCCUCGGGGUCCCUUCCAACUCUACAAUUCUAUGAUUCUACGAUGCUGGACUAGUUGGGCCUUUGGCAUGAUCCAGCAGGAGCUAAGCACCAGAGGCUCUUCCUGUAGGUCCACUUCAUAGGUUGUGAAGAUGGGUGGCCAUGAGAAAGCUGUCGUUCUCCAUGGCAGACUGCCAGCACUGGAAAUUCUCCUUUCAGCUCUUGGAAAAUGAGGAGGACUUACACCAGGCUUUCUCCUGUAGUGCUUCCUUUUUUUGUGCAGGAAUUAUUUUUAAAAACACGGGGAUUUUGAGAAAUCCAGUCCCCUCCUCCCCUGCAGUAUGAAGUGAUACAGCCUGGGCCCACUUUUACUGCUGUGGUCCCUUGGUUCUAAAACUUAAUCCGUUCCAAAACCAAGGUGCGCUUUCCCAUAGAAAGUAAUGCAAAAUGGAUUAAUCCGUUCCAGACUUUUAAAAACAACCCCUAAAACAGCAAUUUAACGUGAAUUUUACUAUCUAAUGAGACCAUUGAUCCAUAAAAUGAAAGCAAUAAUCAAUGUACUGUACUAUAAAAUAAGACAGUAUUGUAGAUGAUAAGAAUUAAAAUUAAUUUUUUUCCUUACCUGCACUGAUGAUAGUCAUUGUUUGGAUGGGGGGCUUUUAUCCAUUUCCGCAGUCACACAGUCAAUCAAUCAGUAGCUGAACUGGGUUCCACAGAGUCACAAAAACAAAUUAACCGGAAAAGCCUCAAAAACAAAAAUGCAAAACAAAUAGCAAAAACAAAAGGGCCAAGCUUAAUCCGUUCCGGAGGUCUAUUUAACUUCCGAAAUGUUUGAAAACCAAGGCACAGCUUCUGAUUGGUGCAGGUGCCCAAUAGCUGACAGCUGCAUUGGACACUCAGCUUCUGAAAAACGUUCAAAAACCGGAACACUUACUUCCGGGUUUUCAGCUUUUGGGAACCAAGGCGUUUGAGAAGCAAGGUACUACUGUAUAUGACCUGUGCUUGUGUUCGAAUCAUAGAAUCAUAGAAUUGGAAGGGAGCACAAGCAUCAAUUAUGCAAAUCCCUGUAAUUGCAGGAGUGUUUUUGCCCAAAGUGGGGCUCGAAUCCACAACUCUGAGCUUAAGUGUCUCAUGCUCUAUCACUGAGCUAUCCUGGCCAGUCCUAACGUACAACAAUUUCGCAAAAUUGCUCUUGCAACCUUUUACUUUAGUAGACUUUGCUCACAGAGAUUUUAACCAAAUAGGCUCGAAGAGUUUGGUGAAUUUUUAGCAGUCCUGGAAGCUCAGAGAUGAAUGCAGAUCCUUGAUGUCACAAAUCCCUCCCCCACUCCUUUAUUUCUCCCUUUGAAAAUUAGUUUUGUUCAAUAGUCUCUACCAUCUUCUUAAAGUUUGGGACUAAGCGUUUUUUCGGCUUCACUGUGUCCCGAACAAUGUAAUGGAGGCAUAAAAAGUUAACACAGCAUGGGUUCCCCCCUCUAUUAUUUCUGCCGCCAGCAGGAGACGGCUAACACAUAAAAAGAAAUGUUCCAAAGGAUUUCGGGGUGUUUUUUGUUUUGUUUUAGCAGUUGAAAUCCCAGACUGCCUCCGGCAGAGGGCAAUGUUGAACCACAGUUCUCUAAUAGCAAUGGAAUCCUGAUCUGUCAGAAAAAUAGUGUUUCCAAGGUUCGUUUGCUUUGAAAAGUCAUAUCUCUUGUUCCUUCUUUUCUUUUCCUCCACGUCACACUUGCAUUAAAAAAAAUAUUAAUAUUAUGUUUGCACGGGCUACCUUUGAUUCAGUUGCAUAUUCAGGGACUUUUGUUUCCAGAGUGCCUUCUCUGCAAAUUAGCAUAGGAAAUCAAGCUGAACAUAUUAAUGGGAAAGUCAUUUGCUUCAGGCCUGCAGUUCUUACUUAACUUGUGAUGAUGCGUUUUCACUUAAAGGUAGCUUCCUAAGUGCAAGUUGGCUGUCGUUUUAGGUUUUUGUGACUGCUGAGUCCCUCUCUGGUGAUAUAUAUGCAGGACAGGGCUGAGCUGUGUAAGCGCAAGAUAUAAUAACAGGGAAAUAUUUUGUGAUAUUUCCCCCAAAGGAUCUGUGUUCCCAUUCUCCUUUGACAGAUUCAUGUGCUUCGUCAAUACAGUGGUACCUUGGGAUGCGAACGGGAUCCCUUCCGGAGCCCCGUUCACAUCCUGAAGGGAACGUAAGACAUGACGAUGCGCCUGCGCAUGCGCGGGUCGCGUUUUGCCGCUUCUGUGCAUGCACACGACGUCAUUUUGAGCGUCUGUGCAUGCGCGAGCGGCAAAACCCGGAAGUAACGUGCUCAGUUACUUCCGGGUUGCCGCGGAGCGCAAUCCGAAAGCGCUCAACCUGAAGCACAUUCAACCCGAGGUAUGACUGUAUUAUGAUGCUGAUAUCCAAACACUCCUCAUCCAAACAUGGGAAAGACUGUAGUUCAGUGUUAAAGCAUCUUCUUUGCAUGCAGAAAGUCCCAGGUAGGGUGGCGGAGAAUUUCAAUUCAGUUUGCAUUCAAAAGACAAAACUACCUAAUUCAAACUUUCUGAAGCAACACGAGAACCAAAACACAGGUGUCCACCAGAAUUCACACUUCUUUGAAUUUUGCAGUGCAGUUCACCGGCAAGAAAUGCAUGCAAAAUAGCAUACACCAGGGUAAAGUGUUCAUAAGCUACAUAUAUUAGUGAAAAGAUUGUACAAAAAUGCGCUGCAUUGGGGUGGGAGGGAUUGCUUUGGGUAUAUUAACGCAAAACUGCCAAACAAGAAUGUAUAGAUUGAGAGAAAUUUGUACUAAAAUGCUGACAGAUUUUCACGUUUUUGUUUCUUUUAAAUUGCAAACCAAUGUGGAAAUGCGGAGAACUGAACUUAAGAUUGGAAAAGUAAGAAACUGCAAGAAACCAAAAGCAGGGGAAAUGGAGGAGGCUACAGGAAAAGGGGUGAAAGGGGAAAUAAAAGUGGGCAAUGGAACAAGCAGAGGGCAGCCUGGCUGAGAGAUGCACUUGGCUGACACUGACAUAUUGAUAUGGAAAACCUGCCAAGCCUUUGGCUGCAGAGGUCCUCUCGUAUGUGCAAGAGGCAAGGGACCCCAGCUCAGUGGUAGAGCAUGAGCUUUGCAUGCAAGGGGUCUCAGCUUUGAUCCCUGGAGCACCCAGUUUUUGAAAAGGGCACAGGUAGCAGAAAAGCCAUUUCUGCCAUAGAUCUGGGGAAGGUCCUGUCAAGCAGAGGAAUACCCGUAUUUUUCUGUGUAUAAGACACACCCAUGUAUAAGACGCUCCCUAUUUUGGGGGACUCCAAAUUAAGAAAAUGGGGGGAAAUUGCCCAGAGUUGUUGAGCUUUUUAAAGAGGGGAUUGCCGAAAAUCGCUCACACACUAGAGCUACCUGAUUGACACAGCAACAGCCAAUCAACACAAGCCCUUGCUGCAGCAACAAAUAACACACUCAAUAGUCACUGAGAAUCUCCGGCUCACAGCAACAACCAAUCACACAUCCCCCCCAAUGCACUACCCAGAUGCCCCCCAGUUUUAAACGUAAUUUUUAAACUAAGCUAGUCUUAUACAGUGACACAGGUGGUGCUGUGGGUGAAACCACAGAGCCUAGGACUUGCCGAUAAGAAGGUCGGCGGUUCGAAUCCCCGUGAUGGGGUGAGCUCCCGUUCCUCGGUCCCUGCUCCUGCCAACCUAACAGUUCGAAAGCAUGUCAAAGUGCAAGUAGAUAAAUAGGUACCGCUUUGGCGGGAAGGUAAACGGCAUUUCCGUGUGCUGCUCUGGUUCGCCAGAAGCGGCUUAGUCAUGCUGGCCCCAUGACCCGAAAGCUGUAUGCUGGCUCCCUCAGCCAAUAAAGCGAGAUGAGCGCCGCAACCCCAGAGUCAGUCACGACUGGACCUAAUGGUCAGGGAUCCCUUUACCUUUACCUUUAGUCUUAUACAGUCAUACCUCUGCUUACAUAUCCCUCCGCUUAUGUAAAUUUUGGGAUACAUAAAUGGCAAACCCGGAAAUAUAUUUCUGGGUUUUUGCUGCACACGCAUGCGCAGAAGCACUGUACCACCGCAUGCGCAGAAGCGGUCCCUCCUGUUGAGGAAACUUCAGGAUCCGACCGGAGCUCCGGAACAGAUCCUGUCCACAACUGGAGGUACCACAGUACACAGAAAAGUAAUUCCGGGCUCCCAUAUGCAUUGCAUAAGCUUUUCAUAUACAUUGCUUUUCACUGCCAACUUCCCACUCUCCCCAAAGUGAUCCUCAAUUGUGAUUUGCAUCCAGGCCACAAGAUUCCUUGUGCAAAUACACAUACAUUAGUGCCUUCCAUUCAUUUACUUUAAUCUCGCUCUCUAAAUGCCGGCGGAUGAUUUGGUGACACGUUCUCUGUCUUGCACCUUUUAAAUCAGCCUCGGCUCUGGAAUCUGGGACACCCCCCCCUCCACAGCUCUUCUGCAUGCGCAGGGCGCCCCUUUUGAGCUCCCCGACCUGUGCUUUUGCAGAGUUAUCCUUACAUCGCCUGUGUGUUGCUCAAAAAUAAAUCUCAUUCAUCAGCCUUGACAUUACUGCCCCCCAACACUACUAAAGCCUGACCCAGCGCGACGUACUGAAUGGAAAGAUAAAGUAAAAGAUCUGUAAACAGCAGCAUAAAGCAUCUUUAUUAUUUAGUGAGAUGCUUUUUACGAGGCACAUUUGCAGUCUCCGCGUCAGCUUGAUCCAAGAGUUUCAAAAUAAACAAAGAAAGUGCGAUCGCUUCUUAUCCGUGACGUAAGGGCAGCGGCUUUAAAGGUAUUAGAAACAUAGAAUUUUAGAGCUCAGAAGGACAGGGCAGGAACUAAAAUUUGAGACUCGGUCACAUCAUCCCAGGUCUUUAUCCAGCCAAAUCACUGUUUUUUAAAAAACAAAAACAAAAAACCCUUUGAUGUUUUAAAAGACCAUGUUUUUGGCCAGCAGGGGCUCUGCCAAUAGUUUUUAGUGGUAAAGGUAAAGGGACCCCUGACCAUUAGGUCCAGUCUUGACCUACUCUGGGGUGGCGGCGCUCAUCUCGCUUUAUUGCGCGAGGAAGCCGGCACACAGCUUCCGGGUCAUGUGGCCAGCAUGACUAAGCCGCUUCUAGUGAACCAGAGCAGUGCAUGGAAACACCAUUUACCUUCCCGCCGGAGCGGUACCUAUUUAUCUACUUGCACUUUGACAUGCUUUCGAACUGCUAGGUUGGCAGGAGCAGGGACCGAGCAACAGGAGCUCACCCCGUCUCAGGGAUUCGAACCGCCGACCUUCUGAUCAGCAAGUCCUAGGCUGUGUGGUUUAACCCACAGCGCCACCCGCAGUUGGGUUUAAAAACCUGGUUUGCUUGUUUUAAUUACUUGAGUUGGGAGUGGGGAAUCUGGGGCCCUCUAAAUGUUGUUGGACUCCAUUUACUGCCAGCUCCAGCCAGCAUGACUAGAACUAUAAUCUAGCAACACCUAGAGGGUUACAGGUUCCUCAUCCUUGUCUGAAGGCAGCUAGAAUAAUCAAUUUUGAGUUUGCUUUGAACAUCCUGCUUUUCAAACAUGGCUUGUGGGAUUGUGAAAUGUUACAGAAGAAUGCUUGAAGAUGGGAGCUCUCUGCUCCUUUCAGUUAUCCAGUGUUCAUUGCGCUCAUUCCUUUAAAAUAAGAAAAACUCUGGUGCAUAGUAAGGAAAAGUACAUUUGGAAAAGUUUUGGGGAUUUGCGUUCAGCUUCUCCAUCUAGGUUUAUUAAAGCCAUACAGGUCUUUGUAGCUGCUAGCUUUUCAUCGCUCUCAACAAUGGAAGUGUGGCAGAGAAUCCCAAGAGAUUUUUCCACCCUGACAUCACAUUCAGUGCUGGCUUUCAGCAUUCCCCCAGUGACUUAUUCUUCCUGAAUUCAAUAGUUCCGCGUUUAUGUUAAUUCUUCUUCCAGGAAAAAAAAAGAUGGUGGAUGGGCUUUCUUUUUAGUCUUAAAGUCAAUGACCUCCAAACUGGUAUAUGUAUUUGGCUUAAUUUAGCUGAAAUUCUUUCUUCUCAACUGCUAUAUCAGAGUUCAUACGUGAAAUUCAGUGAAUGUUGAUGAGAUUAGUGGUGGGUCCCUAUUAAGCUACCUAUGAAGAGUUUCAUUAAAAGAAUCACAUAAUUUGCCUCAGUGGGGAGCAUGGAUUUUAAUUUGUAGCGAAAAAUACUGUAUGCAGAUAGUUUUCACAUUGGCCACAGCAGGUGUUUUUCUUGAUGUGGAAACUCUUCUCAUUGACUUGAAUAUUUGUACUUUAAAUGGAUGUGAAUUUGGGCUUCUCUUAUGAAAUCUACCUGAUCCCCAGUAAAAGGUAUCCAUCCACCUGAUCUACGGGUAGAACCUGAGAUCUAUGGGUGUAGGGCAGCAUACAAAUUAUUAUUAUUGUUAUUGUUAUUAUUAUUAUUAUUACCUACACAAGCAGUGUUUAGAGCAUCUCAUUUGUCAAUUAUGGCUCUCCAGGUAGCUCAGUUGAUAGAGUUUGAGAUUCAAUCUCAGAGUCAUGGGUUCAAGCCGCAGGUCUGCUAAUUUUCCUGCAUUGCAGGGGGGUUGGACUAGAUGACCCUCAGGGUCCCUUCCAAGUCUACAGUUCUGUGGUUCUUUGGGAACGCCUUCUUUUAGAUCAGGGCUGGGGAUCCUGUGGCCCUCCAGAUGUUGUUGGACUCCAACUCCCAUCAUCCUCGGCCAGUAUGAGCCAUGCUCAGGGAUGAUGGGAUUUGAAGUUUGAGAGGGCUACAGGUUCCCUCGGGGACUCACUUUCACAUAUAAAGAAGGAAGGAAGACCUUUAGGACGGUAGAAGAAGCAGGAAGUCUCUGGAGGAAGUACUGGAAAGAUCUAGGUGGAGAGAGACUUCAAGAGCUAGAGGAGACAAGACAGGAAUAAAAUAGAAAAAUUUGUUUUAUAGUUAUUUCUUGAAUGUGGUAAGGUAACGUGAAUACAAUAAAUCUGUAUGUCACUAAAGUGUAUCUCAUGCAAUGUAAGUGGGUUGAAUAGUAAACUCAAAAAAUGAAGAUAGUAAAUUGAAGGAGUUAACUGCAUUAGAAAGAUGAUCUUGGAGAACUGUUACAAAGGUGUCACAAUGAAAUUCAGUUAGGGGGGAUUAGAGGAAGUCAGAUAACAAUGAAAGUUAAUUUGGAUUUUAGAAGUAUUAAGUGUUUUUAAUUUUUCUUUCUUUUUUCUUCUAGUAUUGUAAUGUGUUUCGUUUUGAGUCUUUUAUAUGUUAUAUUUGUUAUAAAUGUGGAAAAUUAAUAAAUUUUUUAAAAAAUCUCAAAAGAAACAAAAUAGAAAAUGUGUUAAGGAGAAAAAAAUGGGAUAUUAUAUGUCUACAAGAGACUCAUGUCUCCAGUAAUCACACAAGAGUUUUACAAAAUGGGAAAUUAGGAAUAGAAUUUAUUGCAUCAGCGACGGAAAAGAAAAGGGGGUUGGCAAUCUACACAAAACCUAGUUUGGACCAGAAGUAGUUGUUCAAAGAUGAGGAAGGAAGAACUAUAGGGGUGGAGAUUAAAUUUGAUAACAGAGGGCCACAGGUUCCUCACCUGCCCACCUUCAAUCCCUGAAUUAUAGAGAUAGCACUGGCCUGCUGACUGACUUCUCUUUCCAUUUGCGGAGAUAAUACUUCAGUGAUGUUUUUCCCCUCCGGGUUAUUCCACAGGAAACAAGAAGAGCGAGUACAGCAGGUACGGAAAAAGCUGGAGGAGGCGCUAAUGGCAGACAUCUUGUCGCGAGCUGCAGAUACAGCUGACUUGGACGAGGUUGAGAUGGACGAUGGCGAAGAAGCAUAAGAGGCAAAAGCAUCAGGUACAGCCACGGGUUCCUUGUGGAGCGACAACGCCACGUGUUGGAGUGUCUCCCUUAGUUACUGUGAUUGCUGCUUUGCUGUUCAGCAUGAAAACCCUGCAAUUUGUGAAGUGCUUCACAGAGCACAGAAGUGGCCCGGCUCUCCUCUCCAGGGCUGCCAAACUGAUUGGCUAAAGGUGAAGAGACAGAAUAGAUCUUGAUGAAAGGCGCCAGGCAAGGGCCAUUCUCAGCAGCAGAGCCCCUGCGUUUGCAUGCAAAAGGUUCAGUUCCUGGCACCUCCAGCUAGGGUAGCAAAUGUUGAGUUGGUGAAAGGCAGCUUCCUAUGCCCCUGUGUCCUUCCCAAGGCCUUCAAGGUAGUCCCUUCUUCUUAAAUGUUUGAUUUAAACUACAUUCUGAAUGGGAUGCGGGUGGCACUGUGGUCUAAACCACAGAGCCUAGGGCAUGCUGAUCAGAAGGUCGGUGGUUCGAAUCCCCGCAAUGGGGUGAGCUCCCGUUGCUCAGUCCCUGCUCCUGCCAACCUAGCAGUUCAAAAGCACAUCAAAGUGCAAGUAGAUAAAUACUGUAGAUAUCACUCUGGUGGGAAGGUAAACGGCAUUUCCGUGCACUGCUCUGGUUCACCAGAAGCGGCUUAGUCAUGCUGGCCACGUGAUCCCGAAGCUGUACGCCGGCUCCCUCAGCCAGUAAAGCGAGAUGAGCGCCGCAACCCCAGAGUUGUCGGCGACUGGACCUGAUGGUCAGGGGUCCCUUUACCUUUACCUUUUUUACAUUCUGAAUAGAUCCAGUGGUCGCCAUCUUGCCCUCCCCUGUUCUUUUUUAAAACGAGUAAGAUUUCUCCAUAACUGAAUACCUCAACAUGGUGGUGUGUAUAUAGCAUGAGUGGGAAACAUACAGGACAAUCUUGACCCACCAGGAAGCCCAGUGGCACAAAAGGGUAUUUCCACAAACCAUGCCAUCAGCUGGUAUCACUGGCCAUUAUGUUUUAUAGCUGGUUCAAGCAAGAGCUUGUGGUCAGAAGCCUCCAGGUGACAGUAGCUGUCGCAGCUUCUAAUAGUUCCUGUAGCCCACUGUGGAGGCCCUCUUCCAACACGUCCUUAGUGUAUCCCCUCUGCUCAACCUCAGGCAGUGCUUCAUUUCUUGCAGCAGAGGUGAACAAGGAAGCUGCAGUGUCUCCUGGUACUUUUUGUUUGCUGUAAGUAGUUGUUGGAGGGUGAGUGUUCGGCAGCUCAAUUCUAUAUAUUAUCCAGAAGUUAGCUCCAUUGACUGUACUGGGGCUUACUGGCUGGUAGUUGGAUACUGAGUGUGGCAAUGUAGUUGGAUAUUGAGUGUACUUGUGAGUAAGCAGCCCUGAGUGAAGAGUAGAAUAUGUCUCUUCCCGGGAACCUGUAGCAUCUGUCAGGACCAAUAAAAGUGCUACAGGCAAUUUGAGGCUUCUGAUUAUGUGGAAGCUUUGUUCUAGAGCUCCUGUGGUAUAGAUCUUCACCGUUAGAAUAAAAGAUGUCUAACCAUUGUCAUUCUUCUCUCUCCCUCUCCCUCUCCCUUCCUCUCUCUCUCUCUCUCUCUCUCUCUCUCUCUCUCUCUCCUGUUUCAUACCCAUUCCCUACAUUCUACAUACAGGUACUUAAAACAGAAUGA